CGGGAGCGCGCCCGUCAGCGUGUCUCAGUGCGCGCACACCGUGCAGCUCCAUCGCGUGGUCUUCUCUGGCUUCCAUAUUGCAGCGGUGAGCUCGGGAAGCCGCCCGGUUACUAAACGCCGACCUACCCCGCGUUACUCGCCGGCCUCGCCUUCUGUCUGCGGAGCUCGGUCACAGGGGAGCCCGGGCCGGACACCUUGUCCCCACGGGGGGGACCGGGACAUGGCUACCCAGGUGGAGGCUCCGCUGCUGCCCGCGAACCCGCUGCCGCCCCUGCAGCAGCAUGAGGAGGAGGAGGUGGUAGUGGCGGACGGGGUCAAGCUGGCCAAGGAGGAGGCUGUGUGCCAGGAGGGCGAGGAAGGCCGCAGGGAGUUCGUGGAGGCUCCCCCACCUAAGGUGAACCCCUGGAUCAAGUCAAGCGGAGGCCAUGGCGGGCCGGUGAAUGGACAGCUACCGCUAGGUAAGUGCCCCCCUGUGCGAGCAUGCACCGGGCAUGGACGGGGGUGGGGGGAGAGGACAUGGGUUCACCUGUUCAAAGGUCAAAGCGGGAUUGUGCCCCACGCUCUGAGCUAUUCCUACUCAGUGGGUUUAAAUGAAGCAUGGAUUGGUUUUGGGGUGCUAUCUCUCUGCAAUGCAUUAUAACACCCAAACAACCCCCGGUCUCCCCCAUCUGUUACCGGGGCUUUAAGUUGUAGGAGACAUCUGUUACUGUUCCCUGUAAACGAGCGAUAUAAUGUUGGGGUGACCAAUUUGUGGCUGUCUAAAGCAGCUGCUUUUAAAGCGAGCCGAUAUUAGUAGUUUAGGGGUGCCCAUGCCAAUCAUGCCUUACGGUUUCGUGUCUCUAGACAGUGGGGUGUUUGCAGACAGUGUUGGGAGUGUCCUUCACAGUAUGAUGACUGGUUUCGUCGACCAUGUGCCUUUUGGAUUUGUCUUAAAGGUGGCAUGUUAGGGGGUGCGGUUCCCUUCAUUUUAAAAAAAAAAAAAAUUUUUUUUGGGGGGGGGGUUCUUAAGUCACUUGUGAGCUCCCACUAUCAGGCUUGUGUCACGGGUGAAAUCGGGAAGGGGGGGCGCGAUCUAGAGGGGGUUGGGUGUGUAGUAAUCCCUAGUACACCCUUUGAUGACACUGCAGUCUGUCCUGCCGGAGGAGAACCAUAUCGGGCUCAGACACCCCUAUAUUGGAAUGGCUUCGUGUGCUGUGAAUUUUAAACAGCAGCCGAUCUUCGUAGAGGGUUAACGAAAAGCGCAAGUCCAAAUGUUCCAUUUCAGAACGUCCUUAGUUCAACGUUCCAUUUGUGGAUAAACCCCGCCCACAUCAGUCCUUCCACUACCCAGCAUUCCCCAUACAGGCAACGUGGGUUGCCUUUAGGCCUGAGAGUCCUUGCAGCACUUUUCGCACGUUGUAGUUGGGCACUUUGUGCCCCUGUGUGUGCCAUGUUCUCAAUCUAAAGAGACUUGUUUGGAAAAUUCCUCCCAACUCCUUGACCAUUAAGCACAAGCUCCAGUAACACAUUGCUAGCUCCCACUUCCUCCUCAGCCCUCGUGGCUCCUCCUCGCCAUGUGAGCUCUGCAGAUCCGACAAAGUUGCCCAAUGCCUAUUUUAAUACCAUACCAUGCCUGCGCCUUGCCAAUAACAGCCCUGAGAGUAAACUUUCCCCCUCCCAUCAAUUGGGAUCUUGCAGCGCCUUGUGGCUGAUUAGGCCUUGGCUGGUCUCCCAUGCUUCGCUGGCACUGUGAGCUGCAGGCCUGCACUCUCACCUCGCUGAUAAAAAUAGUCCACGCUGCCUCUCUCUGGCUAUAAGAGGCAGUGUGACCGAGAGGGGCAUUGUGGGUGAACAUAAAUCUUUGGAUCGUAUGGUGGGCUCAUGAGCUAGGUCAGGCAUAUAGUUGUGAGAGUGUUAAAAGUGUAAGGCACAUGCUGUAAUCUCCCAGCGUGGGCCACAUUUAAACAUCAGCAAUGUUAGAUUAAGUGAUCUACAAUUAAACAGUUUCACAUAUGUACAGGGUGUCAAACACAAUCAUAUUCCAGCAAUAGCAGUUUAUAUUCUAGUUCUUAUCGACGUUCCUUUUGCUUUUAUUGAGGAGUAUGUGAGGUACCACAUGUAUCUGCACAUGUUAUAUGUGUGUGUAUAUUUUUAAUUGGUGUUCAUGUAGGGAGUAGAGUAACAGACUGACAAAUUUGAAUUAUAUGCUUAUCUACAUUCUAAUUAUGCAUUCGUUGCCAGCAUGGUUUAGUCCAUUACUUUUGAACUGAAGACUUGAGUCUUGAUGGGAUAUCCCCCCCAAAAAUGCUUUUUUCCCAUCUUAAAGUUUAAUCCACAACUAUUGUAAGUGCAAUGUUUUCCAUUUUUAUUGGUGUUCUUCGACAGCAAUAUUACGGUUUGAAGAGUAUUUUCUUUGGCAUAAAUUUAAUGUUGUACCACCAAACUGUGUACAUAAAGACAUAAGAAGGAGCACACAACCAGUAUGUGUCAAAACACCAACACUUCUCAUCAACUCGUGUUGUCUGUCCCCCAGUAGAUGGUGUGCUAAGUAUUUGCUUCAGUCUUUGUUUAUUUAAAAUAUUUGUACGACUCCAAUUUGGGGGGCUAUACUCAGAAUUUACUAUAGCAUAUUCAGUAAGUUUCAUUUAAUUUGGUUCUCUUUACUUUGCAGGAUUUUUUUUUUUUUAAACUACUACACAAGCCAAAACUGUAACUGCAUCUUUUUGCAGCUGUGAGAUUAAUUUGGAAAAAUCUUCAUGUGAAACUCAGACCAAAUUACCCAACUGUAAGACAAAAUUGUGUCUGAGGUUAGAGUAGGGUUUAGGGGUGAAUCUAGGUGCUGGUGUGUGUGUUUUUUUUUUUUUUUUAAUAGGGUGGUGGUUUGGAGUUAGGUUAAGUGUUGUAUGAAGUUGCUCAGAGCUAUAGGUGCAGUUCCCAAGUUCAUGGGAAUUUAAAUAAAUGAAAGGUUUGGUUGCAGCUGUUUGUGAAUAGUAAAAGUAGCACAUGUCACAGAGAUUCUGCUUAUGUUAACAAGCUAAUGGAUUGGCAUAAAUAUGGAAGUGAAAAUACAAUUGAAAUACUAAAAUUACCAAUUUGUGAAUAACUGAAUGGGUUUCACUUUGCAAACUUUCAAGCGACUCUUUCGCGGAGUCUUCACAUUUUAUUGUAUACUUGUGUGGAGGUGGCUAAAGGGGUGCGAAUAUGGAGGCAUACUUGCUUUUAAGCUGUUCAUCUUCUUGCUGUCAUACUUUGGCGUCUGGUGACUUGAUUUGCCAGUAGCUGUUACGGCAUGCACCAACAUCCAAAACAGGCUCAAUAGGGGAUCCUGCAAGCCUCUGGGAUCAUCCAUGAAUAAUUUAUGUACUGUAAGGUUUCAUAUGUAUGUGAGCAUUGCCCAAAAUUAUGUAUUUUCACAUAAGAUGACAUGGCAGCAUAUAAACUGCAUUUUGUCAAGGAUUAGCAGUUACACAAGGCUAGAUAAUUCUUACUUUGUCUCAUGUAUGUCUUUUGGAUGAGUUGGAAACUGCCAAAUUUGACCACUCAAAUGUCAUUAGCUAACAGACCCUUUGGGAGUCUAUCUUCGAUAUUUUUCUUUAAUGUUACGUUAAAAAUUAUACACUUUCUAAAAGGAUUACAGUACUAUUAAAGCAUCUGUUCAGUAAAAUGAAAUUGAGGUAAAACUUUCAAAUGAUUGGGUUUCUUGUUUUUCUUUUUUACGUCUGAAUGGGUGAAUUGAAUUGUAUUUGUUUACUAACUUCCUAAUGCAUUUUUAUUAGUGGAACAAGUUCUGCCUUUAGCAGCAAGUGAUCACUAAGUUUCAGCUGGUUUGUAUAGAGUUGAAGAUAAUGGGUUUGUUACCCUCCCCCCAUUAACAUUUGGAAAUUCUACUUGUGUGGCAGACAGUUUGCUCCUGGUAGGAAAAAAGUGCUCAGAAAGUCAUUACAAGUCCACAGCUUCAUAUCAGUAGUAGAAAACACUGGAGCAAAGCUGAUCCUGUACUUUGGGUGUUACUAAGUGGCUGCAAGUCAGCUGAGCAAGCUGAACUCUACAGUGGCAGAUGGCAGACUUUUGCACCAUGUACAGAAUCAGAGGUAACUGUACCUUUAUUAUAUUUUGUCUGGAAAAAUGGGUGAUCAUUAAUUUUGCUGCAUGAAAUUAAUUAAUCGCUCUGGGCAUAUGGUUUUCAUAUUUUGCAUACACAAAUUACAUUAUUUUCCAAAAUGUGUUUUCUUCUUACUAACUGGUAUUUUUGCAUGAGUUGCAUGUGUGAGGCUCUUAUAAAUACAUAAUCUGCUUCAUUUUGUAAGAAUGUACUGCGAUGGGUCAGACACUGUUAGCAUAUGCUGCACACAUUUGACUUUAGAUAGGUGGUUUAUGUAAGGAAGAAACCCAUAUUUUCUACUGCAUAAUAAUACAGCUUCAAAUCUAUGUAUAUUGCCCAGUUGGUUAGUUAAUGGCAGUAUUAUGUAAUUGAAUCUAUUAGGGGAAAUACUUUUUUUUUUAAACCAUCUCUGUGGAUUAUUUCACUUAACACCAAAUGUUUGAGAAUGAAUUCCAAUUCUGAGUGACAUAACUGAGGCAAAAAUAGCCAAGCUGUGACUAUAGCAGUGUUGGAGUAUUUGUUCAAAUCAGCUAUUUUUACUUUAGUUUUGUCAUUCAAAAUUAAUUAAAAUUCUUAAUGUUUUGUGAAUAAUCUUGUCUGUUAAUAAAGAGCUUAUCUUUAUAUUAGGACAGCCAGUCAAAUUUUAACCAUUUAAGAUCAGGCACACUGCUUACACUGUAUGUCCUACUUUUUAACCUAGAGAGCUGAUUUUCAUGAUUGAGACUCAGGUCCAAACACUCGUGAUGAAUGUCAUCAUCAUACGCGAGUUUUAACGUUGGUGUCAUUAGAGCAUUACGUGGAUACAUUGCAACUCUGCUUUGCUCUGUGCAUAAUAAACACCAGUGUUUUAAUGACACGAGCAAGGGCUGGGUGACUUGUCCAUGUAAACUGACCCUUUAACAGCUGGAUGGCUGUCACCUGCUCAUUCCUUGUAUAGGAAUUCCAUAUAAAACAUGCAUGUGCAGCUUUAUUUUAUAAAUGAGUUUUCAAAGGGGAGUCAAGGCAAGUUGUUUUUGGUAUUCAUGAAAUGUUCAGUGUUACAUGUCUGUUUGCUAUGAAGGCAGUUAGCUUGCACACAGAGGAAAGAAAUUGCAGACUCAUCUCUGUAAGAUAUCAAGUUUCCUUAGGUGAUCAAAGCUAUUUUGUGUUGUGAAACGUAGCAUUAUACUGAAUUGGACUGGAGAAGACUUAUUGAUGAGAAAAAUGGAAAUAUAUAAUAUUGCAUCGAACUCCCAUAUGGAGUCCCUAUAACUUCUACAGUGUCAAUCAGCAUACAGCCACAUUAUAAACCAAUCAUGUUACCUGAAAAUCUCUAGCUAAGCUCUGUGAUCAGAGGAAAGCUAUGAUGUUUGACAGUUUUACAGAGAACAGUAUCUGUCCUGCUCUCCAAAUGUUUACAAUGAGCAACAAGGUGUUUUGCAAAUUGAGUUUGACACUAGGGUUACAUUUGUUAGUAACCUAGAACCCAUCUAUAAUUUGUCAAGUCCUUCUGCAACAAAGCUCCCCAUACUUUUAAAAAUGUUCUCACCAAUGGGGUUAGUAACUUAGAUUUUUGUAACUGCUUUGUAUUCAGAAACCUUUCUUUAAAUUAUUUCGCAACCACAUUUAAAAUAAGAAAAAGUUGAGAAGUUGCUAAUGUGUAGCUAGUGGCUAUCCAUUCACAUAGAUACCCCUCCCAGUAUUAGUCAGUCCCUCUGCUCAUUCAGUGGCAGGAACAGGUUAUCUAACAGCAAUGUAAAGUACUGAAGCUGACUUCUAAAUUGUAUGGUAAAAAUAUAUUGGAUAACUGACCCUUCCAUAGAAUAUGUUGAUGAAUGGCAGAGCCAUUUGAAAUGUACACAUAUUUACCUGGGGUUCAGAGUAUGUUUUUAACUCACAAAUGUAUGUUAAACAUACACAAUAUCAGUGUCCCUGUCACUGUCUGGGGACCAUGUAUAAUUUGCAAAGACCCCGGCGGUUACAAUGCUUCUAGUGGUUGUAGGGAGGGGGGAGGAGAAGGUAAGAUUUACUUACCUGAACCUGUUCCUUCUGGGUUCCGCCAUCUUCUUCUGGCAGGUCUACUUCUCCUCUUGGAGCUUAAUUGCUGGGAGCUGAUGUCACUGGUGAUCUCUCGUAAAUGCGCAAGAGUACGACAUUGAGGUUUAUGGAGAAUCCUGCGAGAUAUAGCAAAUAUCUCUGCAGCAGUGAGAUUGACACUUGUAGGUGGCGGUCUAAAUGUGUCAGGCAUAGGACAUAUAUAAGUAAUCCCCACUUGGUCUCUAUAUAUCUCUUGACUGGGUUGGAAUUUUAUUGAAAUUCCAACACCGUCUGUAUGAAUACUUAAGGUUAUCGUGUGUGUAAAAAAAGUGGAGUAAUGAGGGGCAGUGGAUCGCUCUGUGACAAGCCUUUUUAGAUUUAAAUGAUGUAUUGAUAAGAAAACAACGUGUGCACAGACACCUUAACUAAAAGCAGUAAUGUGAGUAAAUUAGGUGCUUGGCAGCAUAGCCUGUGGAGUGGGGUCUGCUCUCUAGCCCUCUGUGAACUGCCAGUUCACUAGCUGAGAAAAUUGUGAAAGUUUUUUUUUUUUUUUUCCCAUGAUUUCUCUAGGAUAUAAUGGAUUUAUCAUUGCAAUUUGAUGUGUGUACAGUAUAUUUGUGUUGAAUAGUGAUGUCCCGAACGGUUCGCCGCGGACUCAUCAUUGAGUAAACUUUGACCCUGUACCUCACAGUCAGCAGACACAUUCCAGCCAAUCAGCAGCAGACCCUCCCUCCCAGACCCUCCCACCUCCUGGACAGCAUCCAUUUUGAAGCUGCAUUCUUAGUGAGCUGUCCAGGAGGUGGGAGGGUCUGGGAGGGAGGGUCUGCUGCUGAUUGGCUGGAAUGUGUCUGCUGACUGUGAGGUACAGGGUCAAAGUUUACUCAAUGAUGAGUCCGCGGCGAACCAUUCAGGACAUCACUAGUGUUGAAUAUGUGCAUGCUGUAAGAGCUGCAUACUCAUAGCCUGUAGAAACCUCUCCAGCUCACUUAUAACCUUCAGGAUCCAUGAUGCAAGUGAUUGCUUUUAUUUAAUCUAAACUUGCAGUCCAGUUUACCCAGACUUUACCAGUGUUCUCUCAUAGUGUAAUAUUACCUGCUCGUCCUCAUUGCUGUGAAUGUUGUUCCUUUGGUUUCAGAGAACCAGAUUGACAAUCCUCUCAGUAUAAUAGAAUAAGCCCCAUCCUUUCUGAACACCAUACCAGUCUCACUGAGUUUGUCACAAUGUUCCUCAAACAAUGUUUACUUUUUAAUACACUAUUUACCAGAGAGGCUGCGAUAGCUUUGCUUUGUGAGAUGUAUGUGCGCGCAUAUGUUACUCUGGUAUUAAAGGACCACUAUAGGCAUCCAGACCACUUCAGCUUAAUUAAGUGGUCUGGGUGCCAGGUCCAGCUAGGGUUAACCCUUUUUUCAAUAAACAUAGCAGUUUCAGAGAAACUGCUAUGUUGUUAGGGUUAAUCCAGCCCCUAGAGAUGCUUGCGUGCUUCUCACUGUGAAAAUCAGUGAGAAGAAGCCAGCGUCCAUAGGAAAGCAUUAUAAAUUCUUUCCCAUGAGACUGGCUGAAUGCGUGCGCAGCUCCUGCCGCGCAUGCGCAUUCAGGAGGAGAGGAGGGGGAGAGCUCCCCGCCCGGUGCUGGAGAAAGAGGUAAGUUUAACCCCUUCCUCUCCAUCCAGCCUGGCGGGAGGGUGACCCUGAGGUAAAAAAAUGAGUUUUCCUGGCACUAUAGUGGUCCUUUAAGCGUGAAUUGUGAAUGAAAUAUUUUGAAAUCGUAUGUCAUUGGUUUGUGGCUGGGCCUACCUCUUCUGCAGUGAGCUCUUAACUUCCUACACUUGUCUUUUUACAAGGAUGUUGCUGCUGAUCUCAUAAGCUGCUUAAAAGCCAUAGUCGUGUGCUUCUGUGGUAGUAUGAGUUUUAACUCCUUCAGUCCUGGGGAAAAUAUGAAAACCAUUGGGUGUAAACAGCUCUGGCAAUAUUCAAUUCUGUGUAGGGUUAACUAAAAGGUGGAAAUUUAUUUAUUUUACAGCCCAUCAUUGGAGCACUUCUUUGGCAGAUUGUUAACCCCUUUACUGUUGAGCUCCUUCCAAAACAAAUUAACCAUAGUCAGGAUUACACAGCAUAAAUGAUUAUUGUUUACAAAUGCCAUUGUCUGCUUUCUUCAAAUCUAACUUUUAAAGCAUGUGACCAUCAUCUUGUACAUUCUUGUGAGCUGUUUUGGGGUGCUUUUGCACUAACCCUAUCUGACCAUCACUGCUAGCAUAUGAUACUGAAGGUGAUGACAUUAUGUACAACCUUCCGGUCAUUGUAACAGCUGCAGCAUGGGUUUUAGUAUGCUGUAUUUUGGUAGGAGAGUGGUUAAAGGAACACUCUCAUACACAUGAAAACUUCUUACGGUGACAGGAGUCUGGGUGUCAUUUUACGGUUCCUGGCAAGCCUCACUUGUACAGCGGCGAAUGGAAGGAACGGUGUGAGAAUGUACCUUUAGUGAGAGCGUACUUUUACUGAGAGCUGGAAGACCAAUUUCUUUGGAAAAUGGUGUAACCUUUGAUGGUAAGACUAUGCCCAUAAACUCAUUUCAGUGAGCUUGAGGGUUUUAUGGGGUUGGCAGUGUUCCUUAUAAUGAGCCAAUACAUUGCCCUCAUAUGAUGAAACUUUCAGCAACUUUCAGUGUGAUUUAUGAUUGUUAUUCUGUAAACUUUAAAGGAACACUCUUGGUGUUUUUUUUUUUUUUUUUAAAUUUCUAAAUAUACUGUACCUCGCAAUGAAAACAUGCAUGCAUACCUGCGAUCUUUUGUCCAAGUACUCCAAGCUGUCUAUCAAGGAGUGUGCAGGCGGUGUUAAAGUAGGCUCUUUGAGCACACACAAGCACGCAUUGACACACACUUUUACUUGGGGGGAAAAGGAAGGCACACUCGGUGGACCGAAGAAAUCAGGAAGCAAACCUCCCCAGCUGUCUGAUAGUGAGGGAGGUGUUUCUGCAAUUGGUUAUAAAAGUGCUGAAUUCAAACAGACCUCAGCACUUUUAGAAAAUUGUCAUUAAAAAGAGAUGCUCCUGACAUGUAAAGCACUUCAGCAAGCUGAAUUGCUAUAUGUAUGUGUAGGGUCUCCUUAAGUCUGCAUCCCCACAGUGACUUGAAUGGGAUAAAAUAUAUAAAUAUGUAUACUAGAAUAUGUAAAACUACAAUUAUAUUCAUACAUUGGCUUGCAGUUUGGCUUGCAUAAUGCACAUAAAAAUAAUAGAACUGUGAUAACAAACUUUUGACUGGUUAACAUUUUUUUUGUUGUUGCUUUUCUCACAAUACAUAGCCACUAUACUUUGUUAGAAUCGAGAGAUCUUCUGUCCUCUUUUUUUUUUUUUCUCAUUCACAUGCUUAAAAAUUAGUUUAACCACAAAUUCAAAUUUACUGGUCUGUACAACAUUGUGAAAUUUUUGUGAUUUACAUUAUAUGCCAUGCUGUGCCUUGACAGCCAAUAUGUGCAUGCGCGCGCAUUCGAACCGCCGAUAGGAAAGCAUUCCUCAAUUCUUUCCUAUGGACGUCUAGCGUCUUCUCAAUUGUGAUUUUUCACUGUCGUUAUUUCCUGAAUAAUCUGUACUUUUGGUUCAAGCAGAAAACUUCUGUACAUAGUGUUACAAAAUGAUUUUCUUAUUGUAAGAGUACUGCAUUUAAAAAAAUCAAUAAAAUUUUAAAAAAAAAAUCUGCCUUGUUGUUGUGUGAAUAAAGACUAAGUCUUUGAAGUCUCUAGUAGGUGUGAGGUAUGCUGUACACCAGUUACCUUUCCAUAUUUUUAUUGUUUGUGUGUAGUUACCAUUCAUGUUUGACUAGUAAAUGGUGCCUGUUUAAAACUGCAAAACCUAGUACUGGCAAUGUCAGAAAUUUUGCUAAAUAUAGCUUUUUUUUUUAUUUUAUGAAAACAGUAGUAAACAGUCCUUUAAAAUUCCACAGAAUUUUGCUCAAAUCAUAUUAUCUUUUCUGAUCGCUAGCGGGAGCACACAUUUUAUUGCACAUAUGCAAGAGCUUCAUGACCUGGAUCUAGAGACUUCCUUUUUGUAUUUUCCCCUAUUUCUUAGUGCCACUAGAACACCCAUCCUGGUAGCUUUGUUUCCUAGUAGCAGAGGAGAGAAACAUUUCAGCUCUAGCUAGUGAGAGCUUAACAUAUCUUCCUUUCCCCUAAGGUGUAAGUAUGCAAAUAAACAUGUAACUUGGGAUAGUAUUUGGAAAGGGAGAAAAAAAAGUAGGCGCCCCAUAAGUGACAGCAUGGUUUUAACUUAUACCUGUGUAAAUGUAAAUAGCUUUGUGUUCCCAGUAAAGUAUUAAAAUACCAUAUUUGUUUUCCUUCUACUGAGGUAUUUUGCUUUGCAUUAAGCCUGCAAUUUAAAAUGGAGGGGGAAAUAAAAAGGAAAAAAAGACCAGGUCUCAAAUAAUUGACACAACAAUUUACCUCAGCGGACAUAACCGGCUUGGCAACUCAUUUACAUUUCAUUUACAUUAUACGUUAAUAAAGAGAUUCGGGCAUUUUGUUUUGAUUCAAGUUACUGGUUAUCUCAGUCAAUAUUCAUCGUCAAAUAUCCGGAUGUGUUGGUCGAGUGCUAAUGGCAGACAAAGCAACAAAUACAAUUUCCAAUCAUGUAUAGUCUGUGUGCAUGGGAGGGGGGCACUUGCUAAAUUAGCAAUAAGAGGAGCUGCAAAGCAAGAUUACGAUGCUGUGAGGGUUAUCUGUACAGGAUUAACUGGUCAUGUUACAUGGCUGCAAGGGGCCGAUGUAACUAGAAUUUCCAGAGACUCGGUCAGUUAAUGGCAUGCAGAGCUGGGAAGGAGACAGCCCAAUACCUUGACACAGAAAUGGGGUUAUUUAAGUGGUGUAUUUAACCAAACGUUGUAGAGCAUCCCUGUUUUGCUUGUUCAUACUGUAGUCUAAAGCAUAGAAGUUAAAUGGACGUGUUUAUUUUCAGGACAGCAAACACACAGUAGCUAAACCAUGGGGCGGAGAUGUUCUUGGUGGGGAGGAGGGAAGUCCCUCCAUCUGCUUUACACAGCAGUUCAAUAUCUGAUUUGGAGAGCUGUGCCAUUAGCAGCCUGUUGAAGAAGUUGAGGACUGAAUGCAGCAUGCUGUGGUAGGGUGGAGAUUAUAAAGGAGGGGCUUGCCUGUCUCUUGUGGGGAAGGUGGGCUAAAGGUUGCUAUUUAGGCAUUGGACAUGUACCCUGCCCCCACAGCCAGUUUGAGAACACAUCUUCUGUAUUAUGAGAGAGGAAUCCUUGUUUAAUUUUUGUUUGUAAAAGGCAUGAUUGAUACUUAAAUUGAAAACAUCAAAUUGUAUUAAAAGUGUGCUAAUCCUUACCAAUAUGUUUUUAUGUUUUAAAGUGGAUAUAAUGUGGUGUUUAGCAAAACCGACUCUCCACGAUUAUUCUGUUGGUGUCUACUUUUCUGCAGUGUUUUGAGCACAUUGUUACCACUCCCAAGUGUAUAUCAUUUACAUAUAUACAUAUCUAUAUGUUUGUUUGCUGAAUUCUUCAGAGCUACAUUGUUUGUGCUUUAUAAGUAACAUUAUAGAAAAGAAAUUCAAUCUAAAAAUGAGAGAAGGUAGCUAGUCAGAAUUUAGGAAACCCCCUUUAGGCUUCUAUCCUUGAAUUUUUUUUCUUUAUAAAACUACAGAAAUUUGGUACUUGCUGUCUCUUUAUUACAUUUUCAUUUGAGAAGAAACAAGUUGAUUUUGUUACCAUUUUAUAUCACCAGCUUUGUUUGAUUUGUAAAUGUGCCUUUCGCGCUCUGUUGGAUAUUUCAUGCAGUUUUGGCACAUGUUGCCUGCUGUAUAUGUAUAUCUUCUGGUAUUCAAAAAGGAGGAUACUAGCAAAGCGUGUCCUGUUUUAAGACCUUUAGUGGAGGGUGGAGUAGAGAAUUGCAUACACACUGUACUUGAUUCCUAAGAAAAUAGGAAUGCAAAGAGUUAAUCGCUUUACAGCUGACUAGAAAUGCUUCAGCAGAGGGCAUUCAAUAAUCCAAUUGGGAGCCAUGCCAAUCAUGUGGUGACGGCAAUCUCCCCUUCAGAGUGCCAUUUAAAUGCCCACUAAUUCUUCCAAAUACAUCGAAAUGAACACAUUCUAGAUUUUCUAAGUGAUUUAUUUCACUAUUGGCAUGUUCUUGCGUUCCUAUAGUUUGUUUGCUAUUGUCCAAUGCCUAUUUAAACAUUUUCAAUGUAUUACCACUGUCUUAGUGCUGGGAAACUCUAUAUAGUAAAGGACACGUAAAAAAGACUCCACAAUUACAGUACUUUAAAAACCUCCACAGUUUGCAUGUAUACAUGUCAUGUAUCUUCAUUUAGUGUCUGGCUUAGCUUAUUUUGGGUAUUCUCUUAUAUUUAAAGAGCGGCACUAACUAUUGGAAAUGAUGUAUAUUCUACAGCUGGAAGUUUGGCCCAGAUUUUGCUUUCUGUACAAAUUCUCCAAAAUUGUUUAAAUGAUUUGGUAAACUGACCACAAAGCACUCACAUGUAGGCAUUCAUUACUCCUCUAAGGGUUUCUGUCAAGUGAGCACAUGGUCACUGUGUCUGUAUUGAGCAAAUCAUAGAACCCCCACAGUCCUUCAUGCCUGUGUAUCAAGGCACGGAUUAACUGCAAAAUAUCAGUCAAUAAUUAUAAAGAAAAUGUAGAAACCAAGCCUAGUCUGUGUGUGUGAUCAGUUUGGCAUAUUAAGGUGUUUUUUUUCGUUUAUUUUUUUUUCCUUUUAUUCCUAUGGGACAAGUUGUUUCUUCUAAAUAGCACAGGUCGUCAAGAGGAGCUAAAUGCAGCAAUUAAUAGAUGCUCUCUCUCGUGCCAUGACUUUGCCUGCCAAGGCUCGCAUUCAAUUCAUCUGGCACCCUUUAUUUGCAUAUAUUCCACACAUGCUCGUUUGCUCAGCCUGCUACAAACAUUUUUUUUUGGCUUCUGUUUUAUUUUUUUUUUUUUAUCUUUAAAAGGACACCAUAGUCACCAAAAUAAUUUAGCUUAAUAAAGCAGUUUUGGUGUAUAGAUAAUUCGCUUGCAGUCUCACUGCUCAGUUCUCUGCCAUUUAGGAGUUAAAUCACUUUGUGAAUGCAGUCCUAGUCACACCUGCCUGCAUGUGUAACUUGUACUGUUUUCCUAAACACUUCCUGUAAAGAGAUAUAUAUGUAUAUAUAAAAAAAUGUUUAAUCCCUUAAGGACACAUGACGUGUGACAUGUCAUGAUUCCCUUUUAUUCCAGAACUUUGGUCCUUAAGGGGUUAAACUUCUUUUAUUGCACAUUCUAUUUAAUUUAGAAUUUGUUUUAUCUCCUGUGUCAUUAAAGUUCAAUUCACAGAGCAGAAAAUAAAACUUCUAAGCAAGUUAACAUCUAAUUGACAAUGAAAGCAUUUUUAAAUGCAGGCUGCAUGAGUCACGGCCAUGGGAGGUUUGGCUAGGGCUGCAGAAACAAGUGUUUUAACUCCUACAUGGGCAUGAUCUACAGGCAGGCUUGGCACUGCAGAUGUUUUGGACUACAUCUAACAUAAUACUCGUACAGCCAUAAUACUGGGAAAGCAUCAUGGGGAGAUGUAGUCGGCAAAAUCUGGAGAGCCAAAAGUUGCCUGACCCUGAGCGAUACACUAAAACUGCUGCAUAAAGCUAAUGUUUAUCGUUUCGAUGCUUGUAUAGUCCCUCUAAACAAGUUUUUUUUUAUAAACCAUUUGGUGGUGGUUGUAGAAGUGCAAUUUUAAGUCAAUGUUUAAAGGGUGGGGUCACCAUGUGAACAAGUUGGAUGAAACCGAUGAUUGUUCCUUUUCUAGAAUUUUGCCCUAUAUUUACUCAUUAUGCAUAACUUCCAUUCUAAUCUACCAAUUAAUCCCAGUUAUUUAAAAGGCAGUGGUAUGCAUAUUGUUUUAAAUGUUUGGUUCACAUUUCUAAGAAUCCACUGUCUUUCUACCAGACUGCAGCAGUCAAUGUAUGGUUGAAAGUGUACAAAUGUGUAUACUGUUUUGUAUGAGUAGAUACUAUAUAUAGGGUUUUUAUUUCACUUCUAUGUAUAACAGAGAUUAAUGUGCUUACUGCAUGAAGAUGCAAAUAUGCUAUGUGCAGUCAUUACUGGACAUAAGUAAGCAUUUGAAUUCCUCCCAUGCCAAAGACAGGUACUGCUGUUCCCCACUGGGUAGUAGUUACCUUGUGGAAAAUUGCCCAUAAUACUCUGUAAAAAUGGCUCUCUAAUCUGCCCUCAGAGGACAUAAAAAUAGUUAUUAUGGUAUAACCUUUGAGUCCUGAACUUUGUGCUUGGCAAAGAAUGCACUGGAACCUCGCAGUAAAAAGGGUCCACAGAUCCUACACAUGCAGAAGCUUUAAUUUCUUCCAUAUCUAUAUCGGGGGGGAAAUAAUUCCUGCUUGGACUGAACCUUUUUUUUUUUUUUGUGGUUUGUUUUAUUACGGUAUGGUUUUCUUAAUCUGGUAUUUUAGAAACCAUAGAGUAUGGAGGACUCCCUAGGAACUGUAUGCAGGAGGGUUCUCAGGCCUCUCCUGUUGAUAUGCUAAAUAUCAUUGACACAUGAGUUGAGGGGCCCGCUCUUGUGAUUUACUGCAAUAUUCACAUGUCCCUGUAUUUGAUUACUGGCCUCCCUUUUGUGUUUUAUCUCUUGAAUUUUUUUAAACUGGCCUUUAUUCCAGUACAGUCGCUUUGCUUGCAACUGAACCUUCUCCUUCAAUCCUGAUGACUUUUGUGUAGUCAGAUGCUUCUAAUAGAAAAGCAUUGAGAGCACAUGUACAGCAGUUGGCACAAUCUACCAGUUUAUUGCUUCUUUUUAAAAAGCAUUGAAUUUUCUGCAUGUCAAGUCAUUUGGAUUAUGCAGAUUUGUUGUCAAUUAUUUUGUUUGAUAUUUCUUAUGCCACAUAAUGUAUUGUAUUAUAUACAUCUCAAUAUGUACCUUAUUUUGAAAAUAAUAUAUAUUUUCCAAUAGAUGAAGUGCUAUGGUAUAUUAUAAUAUUGGAAGUAGGAUUCUUCUAUAUAGCACCCAAUCGAGUGCUGAACAUUUAACCCUUGCUGUGGUACGCUUCUAAAAAAUUUUAUUUUAAAUUGUAGUGGUUUUGGUGCCUAGCUUGUCCCUUUAAUGCAAACGUUUGUGUGCACUGUGAUAUCUACACUUUAAAGCUUUGCUAGUAGCCUGGGUUAAUAAUUAAAUAGGCCUGUAACAGUUUUUUAGAAAGUUGGUGUUAAGUUUUAGGAUAGGUAAAUGAGCGUUUUCUGGAUCAUUGCAUUAUUUAUCAGAAUAUAUCAUUUAUCUUGUUUUUGUUUUAGAUUAGGCCUACAAUGAAUACUUUGCUUUUUUAUUUAUUUAUUUUUAUUUAUAUAACCGUUUUGAAGCACGUUAUUGACUCAGGUGUUGCUUUUCAGGGUCACUCUGUUCUUGCUCCACAGUUGUAUUUUUUUCCAUGUGUAUUAAAAUAGUUUCCUUCUCCUCAUGGCAGAUUUGGUGGUGUUGCUUGCAUCCAAUAUUUGAAAGACACGUCUUCCUUGAUUUCUGUGACUUGCCUUAAAAUGAUUCGGAUGUUUGUAUAUUGGAUUCAGUGGAGUUUAUUCGCUAAGCUCAAACCUUUUAGUGAAUUAAAGUGACAUACCAGACCCUUAACACCAUAGUUGUUGAGAAGCUUUGUGUGAUGAGUGUGUCCCAUUUAUUUAUUUUCAUUUUGAAAAAAGUGCAGAUUUUAAUUGCAAUUGUCACUUUUAUAAAUUAACAUUGUUACAACCCUCUGGCUUUCAAACAAGUCAUUUUACUUCCAGGUUUGGUUAGCUCAGUGGAGCUAAACGCAAGGCGCAGCAAUAGCCCAGAGCACCUGCCUUACAUAGACUUCUCAUUGAGCUGUAUUGGGAAGUCUGCGAUUGGACAGUAACAGAAAGUCUGGGCGGAGUUUGAAAGGGAUGGCUUGCAAAGUCUUAAUACAAGAGAACUGCAGCAUUUGCAAGCUUAUUUUAGAUAAACCUACAUAUCUAAAAUGCCUACUGAAAUGCAUGCCAGUUUUCGUUUGGGGUAUUUUUACUAAGCUGUGAUUUUUGUUUUGUAUUUGGACAGCAUGGUGUCCCUUUAAAAGCCAAAUUGAAAAAUGUAGGCUAAAAGAGUUAAGCUGUGACUGCAACUGAGUUGCAUUGACUUCAGAUGCCUUUUAAAACCUCUUAAUUCAACUGGUCCCCUUUAAAUGUAGGCACCCAGACCAUUUCAGCUCAUUGAAGUAGUUUUGGAGCAGUGUCCCAGGCCCUUAGCUCUGCAAUUGUAAUUAUUGCAGUUUUUGAUAAACUGCAAUAAUUGUCUUAGAGGGUUAACGCCACCUUUAGUGCAUGUCUCUUGGUCACGUGACACUGGACUUCCUUACAGUUUGCAUGAGGACAUCUAGUGUCACACCGAACCCUAUAGGAAAGUACAAAGAUUUCCCAUGGGGCGGUCCUAAUGUGAGCAAGGCACUCCAUGCAGUCGGCGGAGUUGGAGCCUUAACCAGUGUCAAGGGACAUCAGUGCUGGAAUCGGAUGAGUGAUAAAGGUGUCUCUUUUUUUAUUCCCCUUAUGCACAAUGGGGGAGGGAGGUGGGAGAUAUAGUGCUAGUAAAACAACUUUGUUUUCCUAGCACUAUAGUUUUCAAUUAAUCUAUUCAUCAAUAUCUUUAUAAUGGGUUAAACAAUGAUAGAAUUUUUUUUUCUCUCCAGUCAUCAUAUAUACACGGUUACUAGAUACAAAUGAAUGAAAAUGGGAUGUAGUGGGAUCACUCUUAGGACUUUGUGUAAAGUCCUGUUUCCUGAUAAUCCACAAUCCGUGGCCUGUAUAGCCUCAGGACACCGAUUGAGAGUGCUGUCACAAGUUCUGUGUGUGUGUGUCAUCACAUGGUUUAUAUUUACAUGUAUUUCAAGUCAGAUUGUUGGCUUAUGUAAAUGAAAAAUUGUAAUUCUGUGUCUUAAUUCUAGCAGAGGUCAUGUGAUCUUUCAUCUCUUGAGUGCCAGUAAGACUGGCAAUUUCUUGCUCUUCCCUCUGUCAUCUACGGGGUCAAAUCCGUUUUAUAACAGUAGUCCACAAUUCUCUCCUUGCAGCACACUCGCUGCCUGUCCUUCUCGCUCAUGUGAAUGUGCACUCUAACCAUGUGAGCUGCAGACACGCCUCCCCAGCACUGACAGAAGCUGUGGAUUUUUUCCUAGCCACGUCAUGCUAUGAACAUGUCCCAUAUGUUUCAGUGAAGGAAACUUUAUUACACAUCGCUUGACUGUUUUGCUCCUCCUGCAGCUGAGCUUGCAUGAAUGAAGAGGUGCACUGGCAUAAAAUAGAGAUAAUGAACAGAAUAUAUGGUUUUAUGUAGCAUUUUGGUUUUUGAAGUGCUUCUGAUUUGUCUACAUUUCCUUUUUUGGGGUACUUAAAUAUAUCUUGUUUGUGUAUGUUGUCCUCUAAAUGUAUGUAUUUAUGUUGAAUAUAGAAGCCAGCUAAAUAUUGUACAGGCAUUAUUCUAAUUGCUAUUAACCAGGGAUUGUGACAGAAGUUGUUAUAAAAUGUGUCAGAAGUUAGAAAUUGCAGAAUUUGUUUUAUUGUUCAAUAUGUUCAACCUGGUGCCCUUACGAACAGUCUGUUGAUGUUCUUUUUGGGCAAAAUGUUAAUGGUAAUUGGGAAUCUGCAGUUUGUAAACAUUUAACCUAAAUGUCAAGAGAAAAAAACAUUGUAAUCAGGGCUGGAUAAUUGUUCUAUCAUGGUUUUUAGAAAGAGUAAAAUAAUCCUAAUACAAGAUGUAUCCUUGUAUAUUCUAAAAUAAUAAAAAAAAAGAUACAAAUGGGUUUAUUCACUAAACAACAAUUUGUGGUGAAGUUUUUUUCCAUAUCAAAGGUAGAAAAUAGAAUACCUAGUGAUGUUUACAGCUAGGCUAUUGUAUUCUCAUGUAUUCCUGUUUUCAAAAACGUCACUGUUUAGUGAAUACAUUUUCAAACCUCAAAUCAGUUUAAGGGAAACUUCAUCUCUCCUUAGGCUGUGGUUUAUGCUUGCAGUUUUUAGAACAAUUGCAAUCCUCCCCCUUCAUUGUUUACUUUCUUCCUAUGUGUGGAGGGAAGUUGCUGGGUUAUGCACACCAUUAUGGGCUUUUUAGUGGGACAGCUCAGUUUAACCCCUUAAGGACCAAACUUCUGAAAUAAAAGGGAAUCAUGACAUGUCACACAUGUCAUGUGUCCUUAAGGGGUUAAAAAAAAAAAAAAACAAGUUCUGUGCAUACAUUGACUCCCUUAAUAUAAUAACUAGAUCAAGCAAGUUGUUUUUGUUGCUUUUAGUUUUGGUUGGAUACUGUUGGUCCUAGGUUGGAUGGUAGUUAGCCACGACAAUAUUUUGAUUUAUAUUGUACACCUCCCUGUUGAAGCACCCAUUAUGGUCCCAAGAAUGGUCAUGCUCAUAGCAAGCUGUGUUGUAUGGUAUACAAUUUUUCUUCUUCUUCUUCUUAAUAAUAAUAAUAAUAAUAAUAUUAUUUUUUUUAUUUUUUUAUUCGUUUUUUAACAUCUACAUUUCUCUUUACAGAGACACCAGUUCCUGCCAAAGUCGUAAAAGCUGGGCUUCCGAGGACGAGAAGGGGCAGCAAGGUACUUUACUUUUGUCCUGUUGUAGCUCAUGCUAAAGCAAUAUGUAAUGCUGCAUUAUACACAUUUGCAAUACUGGACAUUCUCAAUUUAAUAAAUAACAUAUAUGGUGAUGUAGCAUGGUAUCCUUCACUUAAAGGGACACUGUCGGUACCAAAACAAAUUAAGCUUAAUGAAGCCGUUUUUGUGUAUAGAUCAUGACCCUGCAGUCUCACUGCUCAAUUCUCUGCCAUUUAGGAGAUAAAUCACAUGUGUUUUGGUUUAUGCAGCCCUAGCCACAACUCUCCUGGCUCUGACACCGCCUGCAUGGGAGAAUUUUUUUUAAAUAGAUGUUAACUUACUUUAGAAGUUUAUAUCCCCUGCUCUGUAAAUUACACACACACACGGCUUCAGCAUGGUCUAUAUUACUAUUAAAAGAGCAGGAGAUAAGAAAUACUAAAUUCAGCAGAAGGUGCAAUAAAGGAAGUUGAAACAUAUGAUCUCUCUUUACAGGAAGUGUUUUUAGGACAACGUCAUCUGGCAGGGAAGACCUAAUACACAGCAAUGGUUGCGCUCGCAUUAGGAUUUCCCCAUAGGAAAGCAUUCUACAAUGCUUUCCUGUGGGGGCUUUGGGCGAUGCUGGACAUCUUCAUGCAUAGCGUGAGGACGUCGGGCGACCAAAAGUCGCCUAAUGAUAGACAGCCACUAGAGAGAGAGAGUAAACCCACCAAGCUAAUUAUUGCAGUUUCUUAAAACUGCAAUAAUUAGUUUUGCAGGGUUAAGGGACUUGGAACCGUGCACCCAGACCACUUCAAUGAGCUGAGGUUGUCUGGGUGCCUGUAGUGUCCCUUUAAGCUAAAGUUGAUUUAAUGACUGUAGUGUCCCUUUAAUUAAAUCUAUGGCUUUUGAGCAGACUACUAUUUCAGUCAGUAAAGGUUAGCCAGAUCCACCAUGUUUUCUUGAACUCACAUUGUCUUCAUGCUUAUACGCAGUGCAUAAAUAUUUAUGCCGCUUAGAAUGUAUGCCAUAUGCUGCAGAAGGGAAAUCAAUUAAGUAUCAAAGAAGGGGUGCUUUGUUUAAUGCAUUUCCCUACUGGUGCAUAUGAGCCAUGCAUGCAUACUUUAGGGUAAGACACAUACAUACUUUAGAGAAAAAGACAAAUACACUUGGCGGCCGUGUAAUGGCCAUGUAAUGUAAACCUUAAAGGUUGAAUGCAGAUUUUAAUUUUGGCGUGGAUUACACAACGAAAUCAUUAGAAGCAAAUUUUGCGGUUUCUUGCUGAAUCUGACAGAUUCAAGCUGAAGAAAUAUAUUUUCUUAUUCAGAGACCUCUGUUUUAAUAGCGUGGACUUGCAAAAGGGAGUAGGGAAGACAUUUGUGACACACUAGAGGCAGAGAUCUCCUGGUUUCAUCUCUACAUGAUCAAAGAUUGCAUAAAUGACUUCUUAAUAUAACUUCCCUGAAUUGGACUCAGAAAUAAAUAUACAGUUUGAAAUCUUUAUUUUUAAUUUUUUAUUCUUUUUAUUAGUAAUUUUACCUAAUUUAGUUUUCAUUACAUUUAUAUUAUCUAGUACUUCAGGUAUAUUUUUCAUUCACUUCUCUGCCCAUUUUUAUAGGUUGGGGAUUUUGGUGAUGCCACCAAUUGGCCUACCCCUGGGGAAAUUGCCCACAAGAGUGUCCAGGUAAGGUGCUGAAAUGUCUCAUUAGUGGGACCUUGCUAUAAUGUUCAGAUGACAAAUGAUUCCCCAUGUGUAACAGCCAUCAUACACACUAGUGAUGUACUUUGGUUAAAUUAAAGGAACUUCUUGUGUCUGCAGCUAUGCUGGUACAUUCGCAGAUCAGAGACUUUACUGGGCUUGACCACAAGCCUGUAUCUGUAGCUCAGUGAAGUGCAUGAUUGACAGCUUUGGAGUUAUGCCAUCUAUUCAUUUAUAAAAGGGCCACAACAAGUGAUUUUCAUCUGCUGUUGAACAUUAAAAGUAAGCCUUUGCACCACUAUCAUUUAAUAUCACUGAUUUGGCUGGGAUCCUUAAAAGCGAUGCUGUCACUGUUUGGGAUAUAGGGGAGGGGUAGGCAGGCAAACAUUAGUUCUACUUACUUGAACCUAUCCCUCGCAGGUGCUGCCAUCCUUUUCCGGACGGCGCUUCAGCUACAAGGAGCAGACAUUGCUGCUGUAGUCUUGCAUGAGCGUGUUCAACAGAGAGGUCUAUGGAUGAUCCCUUGAGACAUAAUUUCCAUAAUGGGAGAUUGACACUUCUAGGCAUUGGGCGAAGCUGCCACCAUCUUGAAGUGUCAGGAAUAGGAAAUAUAUAGAGACAAAGUAGUCAAUAAUUUGUCUCAGUAUAUCUUUUGACUGGGUUGAAAGUAAGCCUUUGCAAUAUGAAUAUUUCAUAACGAUUCUACCUGACCGUGCUCCUUUAAAGUGACAAUUUAUUUUGUACUUUUUAAUUUUUUUAGUUUACCUAUAAUGCAUUUAAAAUUAGGGUAAUUUUUACUACAAAGCUUCCCAUUCUCAUCCGUACUGAAAAGCUACAAAGAACAUCCUUUUCUAAUCAUUUUUUUUAAACAAAUGGUAUGUUAUUUGAAUAGUCACAUCACAACAGUGCUAGCCUCUGAUAUUGUGUUGGGAUUCCACUUUAUCAACAGGCUGUGAUGAAUUGAAAAUAAAAUUACUUACAGUUAACUUUCUAAGUAGAGAAGAAAGCCAACUGGGCAGAAACCGAAUGUGCUUGUCUUGUCUCAUAACGUAUCUCCCUUUCUACCUUAUUUACCUGUGUAGAUUUUACGUCCUCCACUGAUUGCACAGCGCUGCGGAAUCUGUUGGCGCGUUAUAAAUACCAGUAAUAAAUAAAUACAUAUAAUAGACCUAAUGCUACAUUUCAUAGCUGGACAUCACCAGUUUCCCUAGAAUUUUUUGAUGGAUAGUCAAAUUAAAAUGUUGGGGGUUUUGAGUUUACUCCUGCAUACACUCAGCUUGAUCGUUGGUGGUUGUGAUUCCAUCUGGGACAGGGAAGGGAAUUACUUUAUAGGGCCCUAGGCAGGCUAAAACUUAGCACCCAAUCUCCCCCCUCCUCACCCAAUGUGAUCCAACACCAUAAGUUUCUCUUGGUGCACACCCACCAUAAUUCCCUAUACACUAUAUUUCUUCAUCACCCUAUACCUUACACCUCCAAGGCAGCCAGGCCUUCAUUCUCCUGGAUGAUCAAACAUUGGUUCUAGAGUGCAGUGGGAGCAGAGAGGGCAUGCAGCGGAUGGCAGAUGUUUUGAUCUCUCCUGGCUUUCAGGUAUCCAGGAUGUUGAGAGGUAUAUCUUGGACCCAGGUUGUAAUACCUCUGUAUUCUGAAGAGACCAUAUCUGCCUCUUUCUGCCUUUCUUUCAUUGUGGUGACCUGGCCCUUGGAUUUUUGAAGCCCUUCACUGUGUAAAUGUAGUUUGCUGUCCAUUUUCAGUAAAAGCCUCUGUAGUUUCAGGUGUAAAGGUUUAGUUCAGAAUUUGUAGAGAAAGGGGGCGUUAUGAUGUUUGUUUUUUUAAUAAUCUACUCGAAAAUUUAGUUGAAUCACUGAUCGUUUCUUUAGAAGUAUAAUGUUUAAACUUAAUUAACAAGUAUAAGCGUUCCCUUGAUUCAUAAGCAACACAUUAUUCCCAUGCCUUUGAUUCAAAUGUCAUUGCCAUAGCUCAAAACAAGUGAAUAUUUUUUUCUAUUUGCUUUAAGCGUUUGUGAGAGUGAAAAGGGACACUGCUCCAAAAUGUACAGUGUUUUACAUUUGUGUAAUAAAAUACUGCUCGUUAUAGGAACUGUUCAUGGGAAAUUACUUUAAGUAUUUCUGUUGAAUAUAUAAGAAUAGAAAACAUACCUCUUAUUGGAGACAACAUCCCAAUCACUUUAGGGGUUAAUCAUUAAAGUUAGAAUUCAAAGUGUAUUUCAUAUUUAAGAACAAACUAGCCAAAUUAGAAGCAUAAGUGAGGUUUUUUCCAGUUCAGCUAUUUUAACUUCAAAUUGAUGGACUUUAUUCACGCUAAGUAGCCAUGUUGUCAGUCUACUGUUUUUUCUUAUAACAAUAGUCUGACCCAGCAUGCCUGCUCAGCCAGAAAAAAAGGGAAAUUUUCUUUCACACAAAAAAAAGAAAUCUUUAAGUUUUAACAAAUGUAAUCCUCUUUGUUUUUGUUUUUGUGUGUUUUUUUUUUAUCCUUUUCUAAGCAAAAUGUUAACAUUUGAUGACAGUAGUCCUUUAAAAGGCUAAACAGUCGCCAUGAACGGAGGGCGUUAAAAGGCUUCUAAUAAACAAUGCCAUGAUAACCUGGUCCUUAUUUUAUAGUUCCCCAUGGCUGCUCAUGUGAAGGUAGUCACAGAAAAACUGUUUUAUAAAGUGGCAUUUCUGAAAGUGGUAAAGUAUUUCAGUACUUAUAACGUGGUUUCUGAAAAGCACAGACAGAUUUAAUUUAGGAUUACCGUUAGAGACAUUUUUAAAGGCACAUUUUCAAUCUUCCUAAUAGAAAAAAAUGCACGGAAACCAUCUUUUAGAUUUCUGUAUAGUAUUAAUCACCAUGCGCUUAGUGACAUUUCCCUUUUAAUAUAUGGCUUUAUUUCCAAAUAUGUGGAUUCUGUGGCAAAAGUUCUUUAAAUCAUUCAAAAUCAUGCACUGUAAACUUGUGGAAAUGUUUAUAGCUUUCUUUUUGCUGUCAAACACAUAGAUAUCCUCCAGACUCUGGAGGACUCUGACCAUUCAAAUAGCUUUCCCUUUGUUAAGUCCGUCUCAGUUGUCUAGUUUUAACUACUGCUAUUUUUGAGAGAACCUAAACAUUUGCAUAUCAGUUAUCCCAUUUCAUCAAAUAUUGGCUGCUCCCUCUGCAUGAGAGAUACGGCAACACUGGACGAUUGUUUUGCUCUCGGUGGACCUUGACAGUGUGGUGUGACUGAUGCCUCUCUAGGCACAGUGAGUAAAAGGGUCCCUGUGUGGAUUAUCCUUGUACCUUACUGGAACCCUAAACAAGAGUGCAAGAGCAUACAGAGAAUGAAAAACUCCUCAUAUAGUUUUCGUUUUGGUGGUCCCCGCACUGUUCCCCAUGCUAGUUUUAUUUGCUCAACUUAUGCUUAGGGGGAUAUCCACCACACCUCAGUGACAACCCACCAAUGCUAAAACUAUUGUUUGGAGUUGCUGUGUCACUGUUGUAGAGGGAGCUUGCUAUGUUGUAUAAUUUUUUUACAAAAUAUAACGUUGAGUAAUGCAUUUAUUUUAAGCUUUUAUUUGUAAUUCCUCAUGGAAUGUUAGAAUGUAUUCAUGUUUUGCAUGGUGGUACACUAUAAGAUGCAAACACUUACUGACAAAAUAGAUAAGUAUCCCAGAAUAGAACUUACCCAUGCAUGUAUUAUCAGGUGGUUGAUGAUGUGAAUUUGUUAUGAAUGUGUCUCAGGGAGGAAUGCAUGUAUGCAAAAACUGUAGCGCAUUGUUAAAUACACAUCAACACCCCAGAAGAAUUGUGCUUACUGGCACUAGUAACUGGUUUUCAUUCAUUAGUAUGCAAAAAGGAUGAGUGUGUUUUACCAGAGAUCUAUUAUACGUGUGUAAUGUUUUUAAGAGCGUGUGCGUCCUUUUCUGUUUUUAAACUUUCAAUCAAAUUGUGAACGCCUCUUUAUUAUGGAGAGUCUCCCUCUUGCCCCCUUUUCUGCUGUGAUUACACACGCAGUUUACCAGUGGAAGCUACAUUGUGAAUAAGGUAAUCCAACCAGUGUUCGUGUUAGGCUUUCUUGUGCUGUAAGUGAUGAUGCCAGAUGUGAAGACCUUUAAAAUAGUUUCUCAGAAAUGCCAGUGUUUUGCAUGGAGAAAAACAGCAUCUAUACACUAAAAGCUCUACAUCUUUGAUCACAUUAUUAUGACCUGCUAAUCUGAGCCCUGUAUUAUGCAAUCUAGACAUUGGUAAAUGUUGAGAAUGUUUGACUUCUGCAGUAGAUAUGCCUCCACAUUAUUAGAAGUAAUCUGGCCUGGGGACGUGGAUUUAAGUACACUCAUUAUAUCUGUUGUCAUUGUUGGUGCUAUGUAAAUCUAUAAUUUGUGUUUGUAUAUGUAAAAAUAUGCUUUGUCCUUUUAAGUGUUAGUCUUUAAUUUAAAUAUGGUGGCAUGCUCUCUUGUGGGGUGUUGUAUAUUGUUAGCUUAGAAGUAGCCAUGUGACACCAGGAAUAGCACAAGCAGCUCCCCCGUAGCAGGAUUUCCUUUUAGGGAUCCCCUCUUUCUGUCCCCUCCCAGCAGAUCUCUCUCCCGCAGUCUCUAUUCUGGGACAGAAAGCUUCCUUGCUGCUCAAUGUUCACAGAGUUUGAAGGCCUUACUUGGGGUUUAUUUUUAGGAACCUGGCCACAGUAGCCUGGCAAGGCAUGGGGAGGUUUUGGAUUUCACCAGCUCUUUGAGGACACAGGUAAGAGAGGAAAAAUACAUUUGAUUUUCUGAAAAGUUAGAAAUCAUUAUAAACCUGUCUGCACUCUUCCACUACUUUCUCCUCAAACCACCCCCAAAUAGACAGAUUACAAUGUGAUCAGGGUGUAUGGUUAUUGAAUUGCAUUAAUAUCACUCACUCUCUUACUAUAGUUUUAAUUAUAUGUAUUACCACUGUCUGAGAAGCUUUGUUCACAAGGCACCUAAUAUCCUUUCUUAAUCUUAAUCCUCAGAUUACACCUCAUCUUAUCUUUUAGUGCUCCAUGGGUGCAAUACAGAAUGCAUUUCUUUUACAACUGCAUAAACCAGGGUCAGCAGGUCAAUGGAGAAAUCUGUUAACUGCUAGAGCUUCUAGAUAAUGUCAAGGUUCUGCAAUCUGCAUUGUUACAAAGUCUAGAAAUGAGCAUGUUGCUUUUUGCUCAUUUAGAAUUUAGAGAUUGCAGUUAUAUAGUUUUUUUCAAUUUGGUUUCAUUCUGCAUACAUUUAGAGCACACUCACUCACACACACCCCCACAUGUGACGUCCUGUGCAGAUAUACAAUAUGUUUGUUUGUGUUGCUAUUGGGUGCAAAACACAUAUUUUGAAAAUUAAUUUGACAGUCCGUAAUUCACUGACUGCUUUGUAAGGGUUUAGUUUAAAAAAAAUAAAUAAAUUAUAAUGACUUAAAACAAAAGCAAGUAUUCUCAGGUUAAUGCUAGUCAGCAGGAGCCAUAGCGUAACCAUAACAGAACGGGUGUACUUCAUCACACUUGUGCUACACUAUUGAUAACUUUUGUUUUGUUGGCGAGCUGCAGUGCUAUGUUCACAUGUACACAGGGAGUGUUGGUGUUGACGUAUCAUGGCGGUAGUGACUGCAUGCUGUAUAGUAUCAUAACCUUGCUUAAGAGAUUUGGCAUGAACAGUCACAUGAUUUCAAUAUCAUUGGAUCAUUUUGAAAACAAACUGGUUAUGUUUGGUUUGCAGACCUUAAUACAUCCACAUGACUGCCCUGCAUGUUUGUUGAAUUUGGGGUAUGCAUCGUUCCAGACUGAGUAGGGGAAUGCACUGAAAUGUAAUCUAAGUAAUGUCUUACACCCUCUUGAUUUGGCUCGCUCGGUAGGUCGAUAUUUUAAGCACUCUAGAAUCUAGAUCACCUUUGAUGACUGUUGGGGGGGGGUGUUCAUGAAUUACUGACUGACCAUUAAACUUCCUGUGGGUCAUAAAGCAAUGCAUGCUGGUUAAAGGGACACUGGGUACCAACUCCCACCAUCAUUAAUCCUGCAAGUGUAAUUAUUGCAGUUUUUAUAAACUGCAAUAAUUACCUUGCAAGGUUAAGUCCUCCUCUAGUGGCUGUCUAUCAGAGAGCCAUUAGAGGGACUUCCUUGUUCACACUAUGCAAGAGGACCUCCAGCUUCGCCUGAAUCAUCAUAGGAAGGCAUUGAACAAUGCUUUCCUAUGGGGAGGUCUAAUGCGCGUGCGUCAGGUCCCCCCUGCCGACUAAUUUAGCCGGGUAAGGAUGUGGGCGGAGCCUGACCCAGUGCAGAGGAACAUCGACGUUGGAUUCAGGUAAGUGUCUGAAGGGGUUUUAACCCUUCAGCAACAUGGGUGGGUGAGAGAGGGGCACUGCAGGAUCCUGCAGAUCCGUUUUCCUGGCACUGGAGAGUCCCUUUAACUAUACUUCAGCCAGUGCCCAAAUAGGUUUUAGCGGUUUCGAUAAAAGUGUUGUCCCAAAGAAAUCCGAGUAAUGUACAUUUUUAUGUGGUCUUUUACAUCAGUAGUUGACAGUGUGUUCCUGGAGACCCAAUCAGUAUUUAUUGAUCUUAGCAUUUACUAUCUUUAUAGAUUUUUUUAAAAAGUGUGUUUUAAAUAUAAAUAUUGGAAGUAUAAACUCAAAAGGAAUAGCUCUUUGGUUAUUGGUUUUAUACUAAGUUAAAUGUUUAAUCAAACUAAAAUUGCAGAAAUAAAAAGCUAAUUAAGGUGAUCUUGCACCUCUGUAACGACUGUGCUUAGAGUCUUUUGGUACCACGCUAUUAUCUAGCCAAAGUUGCCCAACCCUAUAACAGGCUGUGAAUGCUGCAAGCUGUUUAGACCAGUACUGCAAAUGCAAGUGGCUACUGUGGUGCUAUGCAUUGGAUGAGAGGGACAUCUCUGCUGUUUGUUUGUGAAGUCACUCCAAAGAAUUUGGGGUUGGCUCCAACAGACGUCCAGUACCAUAAUGUUGCAGUGGUUAUGGUGCUGGGUGUGCCUUGUUAACUUUUGUGUUUACUACCAAUGUAUUUGUGUCCAUUACACUCACUAAUAAUUCCUCUUGGUUAUAAUUUUGAAACCGAUGAGAUCUCUUCUUUUUGCUAGCUGUACUGUUUUGCAUUGGUGCAUUGCUUUACGUAUGCCUUUUAGUCUUGAUUCUGUGUGUAACUGUAACUCAAAUAAGGUGCAGGAAUCUCACCCAGUUGGUCUUUUUACCUUUUUUCUUUACAGCCACCUUCCAAAAUACAGUUGAACCGGAAAGCUUUUGGAAAGAGAGACAUGAAAGAAGAAAGUGCAGACGGGAAGGAGAAUCAGAGGGUGAAAUCGGAUGAGUCAAGUGAAGAGAAGAAUGGAGAUGACGAUGGGCAGAGAUCAUCUCAUAAAAAGAAAGGUCUGAUAAUGAAGAAUAAACAUUAAAAUCUGUACUUCAAUGCUCAGAUAUAUUUGUUGCAUGUGUCAGUGUCCUCUCCUUGUCAUGCUGGCUUCUGGUCUCUGCAUCUCAGCUGUUGGUGACUGGGUUGUGUAUGUAUGGGGCAGGAUGCUGCAAAACCUAUUUUUGCUAAAACCUAUCCAUAUUUGAAUAUUUAAAAAAAAUAAAGCCUAUUCAAGAUGCUAAAAUGUCCUAAAGUUUGCUUAGUGCCUGGAGGUGCUUAUAAGUUGGACAAUAAUGUGUAAGUAGACCACUCAAGCAUUUCCAGCUGUAAUUGGCUAGAUCUACCACUAAUCUUUUCGCAUUUUUAAACACAAUAUUUGAGGGGGAAGUUAUUUCACCUUUACACCAUUGAGACAGAAGGCACAUACUUCCUAUUGGCACUCUUCCUUUUUAACUUUACUACAGUCUACAAUAAAGGGGCAUUACAGGCACCAAGACCACUUCAUCUUAUUGAAGUUGUUUUGAUACAGUGUUCCUUUCCUUUUAGCACAGCAAUGCUUCAGAGAAAUUGCAGUAUUUACAUUGCCGUGUUAAGACCGCCAGAAAUGGCGCUUCCUGCUGUUUCACGGAGUCAUCCUCAAGCUUUGCAUGAGGACAUCCAGCAUUUUAAGAAUCCCCACAGGAAAGCAUCGAGUCAGUGCUUUCAUAUAGGAAACCUAAUGAGCGCGUGGCGCUCACCGUAUGCUAUUUUACAUAAAAAUAUAGACACUUUGGAUGAGUGCUUAUUUUUAUUGUGCCAUGUUUUAUGAGGGUUACUUGCACAUUCAAAAUGUCACCAGCAAUGUUAGGCACCUGUCCGACAAAUAUCCUAAAGCUGAGAUGGUUUUAUAUAAGAAUCUUCAAAAAAGAUGAAACAAAUGAGCGUCUAGCUCAAAUGUCCAGUAGCAAUUAUAAAGGCUAGUGCUAUAUUAUAACGAAGAUCAUUAUCGCAACAAUAACCUGUAUAUUAUAGAAAUGAAACCCUAAUUAGCUCAGUGAAAUAUAUGCUAAAUUUCAUUCCCACUACUUCUGCUUCAGGUAACAAACACAAAUGGGUCCCACUUCAGAUUGAAAUGAAACCUGAGGGACCAAGAGACAAAACAGCUUCUCGAAACAACCGCCAGAAUGAACAACAACGCCAUACACUUACCCGCAGUGACCCCAAAGGUAUGUGCUUCAAUUUAAGUAUUUCAAGUUCGUUGGCACAUUCGAUACAUUUUUGUCUUUAAUUUCAUACCUUCCUGAAAUGUUGAUAGUAGAAAGUAUAAUAUAACGUAAAUAAAUAAAAUACAUUUGUGAUACCGGUUUUCCCUGGUAUUGUUUGUAAAAGGUUACACACUGUUGGUUGCAUUUCUAAUGCCAAACUCUGCUCUACUUGUUUAACAGCCUGGUAUCCGGAUAAUAAACAUGAGCGGGACUGGCCUGACUAUGAUGACACUUCCAGUGUGAAGAGUGAAGGAGCAGUCCGUGGUGGUUUCAGGGGAAGGGGACGUGGCAGAGGACGGGGCAGGGGACGCGGUAGAGGUGGUUCUCGAUGUGAGUAUGAUUUCUAAUACAAACACUUAGAGCUGAUUUACAGUGCAUCACUUUGAAGAGAAUGGAUGCUUUUUCUACACACUUAGGGGACAUAUUCACUCAACAUAUUCACUCAAUCUUUUUAGUUGUGCUUUCUAUAUCUCCCGAACCCUCGAUGGGUCUUUUCACUUGGCACUUCCGCAUCAAGCAUCUUUCUCCUGUCAGACUGGCUUCUUUGACAGUUGCGUAAAGAUGGAGGAGCCUGCAAUAGAGGAUGGGGAUUAUUAGGAGAGGUGGAAGACAAAAUGCUAAAAACAGUAAAUUACUGUUUCACUAAAAACAUGUUUUUAUUUUUCCCGUCUAUAGAAUGUUAGCCAAACUACCCCCACUUAUGUCUACUUUGAAAUCAAUUUUGAAAAAUGUGUCCUCAUAUGAUCUUAUCAGCUGACUGCCAUUGGGAGGAGAGCAGGGCCCCAUGUGCAUGCAUUUGAUGUGCUUAUCAUCGUGCAGUCACCUACAGUUUCAGAUCUUUCAUGAUCACAGUUGCUAAUUUGUCAUUUUCAGGGCACUCCAAUCUGUGUCACUUAAAUCCUGGCUGCUACAUUUCUGUACCCAGGCUGGCUUAUAUCUCUGAUUUCUGAAAAGGGGCAAAGUGCUGUCAGUAGUUUGAUCUAAGAAUUUGUGUUUACUUUGCAUUGUGGCAGUGUUUUGUAUUUUAAUCUGCCUUUAACACAAAUAGAAAUGAAGGUUAUUGUUACUUUGGUGAUUAAAGGUGUGUCUGACCUUUUUAAUCUAAAUAAAAUAAAGCUUUUUGGAACAUAAUACAAAGUUCUCUGUAAAUAGUCCAUCUGAAGUUAACUGUAAACCUAUUCUGCAGUUUCUGUAAGAUUGUUGCAGAUUGUUACACCUGUUGAUUUGUUUUUUGCCAAUAUAUUUUUUUUUUAUUCUUAAAGUAACAUUCCAAGCACCAUAACUACUAUAGUAUGGCACCGCCCCUAUUUUGGUUUUGCAUGCUAACUAGUAAAAAAACAGUAUUUUUUGGGUCUUCCUCAUAAAGCAUGACAAUUUUUCCUCUUGCUAAGCUGUCCAUAUAUGUGUUUGUUGUGAUUGGUGCUUUUAGUGGCACCUGAAUCAAUUAGUUUCUUAACUUUUUAUUGUUUUCAAACAGGAAUAUCAAAUUAGCUGGUAUCCUGUUGCUCUGCCAGUUUGCAAAUUUCUUGUUAACAAUAAGCUUGCUGUAACUUAUAUUCUUUUUAUUUUCCCUCUACAGCUCAUUUUGACUAUCCUUAUGGAUACAGGAAAUUUGAUGUUACGGAUGGGUCACGUGGCCCAAAAUACCCUAGUAAUAUAACUUAUUACUACGACAACAUGAGCAGUUCAGAGCUUUACAGUGUGGACCAGGAGCUGCUCAAGGAUUACAUCAAAAGGCAGAUGUAAGUCACCUCAAACCUAUGUGAAAACGUGUCCGAGCAUUCUAUUCUUUUUGAAAACACAUUAAGGGGUUUUGUCUCACCUUGACAUGGGGAAGUUGUAUAAGGAGUUGGCAAAUGUUUUGUCAAAGUUCACACAAAUAGAUGUCACAAUAAUUAGUUUGAACGCUAGGAGAUGAAUGCAACAUAUACUUUUAUAUGUCUAUAGAUAAAUGCGCAUUAUUUGUGUAUAAACAUGGUGCACUGGGACAAUGUGGCAAACUAUCCUGGAUCUGGUUCGUUUGUGUUCAUCAGAGUUUAAUAUAAAGCAUGUAUGCAAGAGCACUGCAUAUAUGUAUAUGGGUCUUGGGUGUCUACUCACACACCUUCUGAAAUUCAUGCCCCUAUUUAAGGAUUGGUCCUCUGGAGUACAAAAGUGAAGGAUGUUUUAAUUCUUAAUCUGCCUGAACAUAUUUUCUAAAUUUUGUAUAUAUAGUUUGGAAGACUGUGACUUUUGAGACUUUUUCUCCUAAACUGAUCUUGAUCUGGCUCUUUUACACAUUAGGAGAUCUUUACAAGAUCUCUUGAAGUGAUCAGGAGCAAGAUGAAACUAUAGGAGAAGACUGAGAGCAGCGUGAUUAGACAGAAGUGAGCUGAGAUGGUCAGCAUGUCUGUCAGGUCACCUAAAAGCUGGUCAAAUGCAGGAAGAUAUUCUAGAACCUACCAGGUAUCAAAAAUAUUACUUCUCUUCUGUUGAAGAUUACUGGGUUGUUAAAACUUAGCUAAACUUUAGUUAUAACUCUUAAAAAAUAAGUGUUUUUUUUUUUUAAUGUUUAUUUUAUCUCUGACUCAUCAGCUCUGAUGGACACCAAUAUCCUUAAUAGCUGCUGCCACAUUGAAAAAUUAUCAUUUAUUAAUUAAACCAAUGAAGAACAUGUUUUGGUACGAGUUUCUUACAGUGGGAGCAAAGAGUGACUGUUACUGACUUGUUCCCAUGUCUUUUACAUUUAAGCAAUGUAAACACUACAGCAAAAAAAAAAAAACACCAAAAGAUUCAAAUGAAUUCUAAUAUUGCUGGAUCUUUAGUAGACUAUCAUUUGUACGAAAAAAAAAAUAUACAGGCUGUAGCUGGCAUGUUAAAGGAUCACUAUAGUGUCAGGAAAACAAACUCGUUUUCCAGACACUAUCAUCCUUGGUUCCCCCUCCCUUACUUUUAUCCAGCACCGGGCUCCCUCGGCGCUGGUGACCUCUCCGCCGACGUCAGCUCCUGAGUGGAGCGGAAUGCGCAUGCGCGGCAAGAGCCGCGCGCACAUUCAAACAGUCCAUAAGAAAGCAUUUCUCCGGGCUUUACUUUGGACAUUCUGCACGCUGGGUGCGAUUUUCACAUCCAGCGUCGCAGAAGCACCUCUAGCGGCUGUCAGGAAGACAGCCACUAGAGGUUGGGUUAAACCUGGGUCAAAACCUGGGAAUCUGGCACCUAGACCACUUCAUUGAGCUGAAGUGGUCUGGGUGACUAGUGUCCCUUUAAGGCCAGUUAAAAUGUAUGUCUAAAAAUUUCGAUUUUUCUUUUAAUUCUUUAUUACUUUUAAAAGAAAAGCUAAACAAUGUUAAUUUGCCCUUUUCAACAGGUGUAGAGGUAGUCAGGUCUAUUUAACAAACAGAGCAGUAAAAGAAAUUAGCCAUUUAAAGAUAUAUAGCAGAAUGUUUUCCAUGUUGACAAUUUUAAUUAUGGUUUAGCUUGUGUUAAAAGAGCUAGGUGAAAAUGACGUUUUGGGUUUUAAAAUACUGCUUCUUGAUUAUUUUGCAGAGAAUAUUAUUUCAGCAUUGACAACCUUCAGAGGGACUUCUAUCUGCGAGGGAAGAUGGAUUCGGAAGGCUUUCUGCCCAUUGGGUUGAUUGCUAGUUUCCAUAGAGUUCAAGCUCUUACCAUGGACAUUGGGUUGAUUGUCAAGGUAGGUUAGAAUUCCAAAACUUAUCAAAUUUAGAUUCUGUAAAUUAAGACACAACAAUAAUAAUAAUGUACAUAAGUUGUUUUGGUGUGUGUCAUAUACACGUCGUAUCUUUUGGCAUCUACUUCAAAAACAGAUGUGAUGUACAGAGGCAUGAAAACUUGUUUCCAAGAAGGUAGCCUACUUUAGCAGAAUUAUUAGCAAUUGUACAGUUUAAGGAAAAGAACCACAAACUUUUCUUUACAAAAAGAGAAAUUCUGCCAUAUCUAAGAUUCAUAAUCAAGGCAUCAUAUUUUGGUCUUGAUUUCAUAUUUUUGGCAAAGCCAAAUGAUGUAAUACAAUGAAAACUUUUAAUAUUGUGAUAUAUUUUGUUGUUGUUGUAUAUAAAUGUUCUUUGUGAGGAAAAUUGCAGUCAUUAAACAUUGAAUUAAAGUUAUAGUCCAAAUCCGAUAAAUUGGGGCGCGGGGUCUUUUUGCUAUAUUAUAAAGUGUAUUAAUAAAAUAUAUUACCUGUUCAAUGCAAUGUUAUUAAUGCUGUUUAUACAUUUUCUUCAGGCAUUAAAGGACAGCAAAGUGGUGGAGAUAAUUGAUGAGAAGAUCAGGCGGAAGGACGAUCCUGAUGCAUGGCCGCUGCCACCCCAGUCUGCAACGGACUUCUCACAACUUAUUAACUGUCCUGAGUUUGUGCCCAGGCAAGGAUACCAGAAAGAAACAGGUAAGGGGUGGGGAAUUGGUCCUAACAGUUAAAUGGAAAAUCUCUAGGUAAUUCUGCUAGUGGUUGUGGUGCUAUAAAUCCCCAGGUGUUGUCCACAGGUAAUUUCUCAAACCAUUUAUGAACAGUUUGACACUUAUUUAGUAGGGCACCCACAUUCCCUCUGGAUUUAGUUCGUAUUUCCAGAUUAUUAUACAAACUCAUACCAGGAUUAAACAGUAUUCAUGAAAGCAUCAACUGACCUAUCUCAGCCAGUGAGAUUUUAAGAUUUUGUUUACAUAUUAAUUGUGGCCAAGUCAUUUGCUUGAAGUCAUCUAUGUUCAAUGCUUACAGAAUCUGCACCUGGAUCACCACGUACCUCCAGCCCAAAUCUGACGCCAAAAUCUGAGGAAGUCAGCAACUUAAAGACUAUGCCCAAAGGUCUCUCAGCAAGUCUGCCAGACUUGGAUUCUGAAACUUGGAUUGAAGUCAAGAAACGGCCACGGCCCUCCCCAGCCAGAAUAAAGGUAAUGACUUGAAUCCAAUCAGUGUCCUCUUUAUUUUACUUUUUUUAAAUGUAGAUACACAAUACUAAGUAUAUGCGUUUGUUGCCGCUUAAAUGUGACAAUGCUUAGCGCUCUCCCCAUUUUUUUAAAUUGGCAUGUUAGCCUAUGAAAUGCUUUAAAUCUGUAAGAAAAUAAGGUUUUUGUUUUCCCCAUAACAAUUUUCCUAAUUAUUUAUUUUUACUUUAACUUCUCUGAUGUGUUAAGAGGAAAAAAAAACAGUUAUUCUCUCUUGCUGCAAAUCUUAAGUUUCUGCUGGCACCACAGUGUAACUAGACUUUGAACUAUCCUGAUCCUCUAAUUCAGGAUGAGAAAGGAAGAGGAACUGACUGUCCCUCUUCUCCAUUUUUUUAAUUUUUUUAUUAAUGCUGUAGUUCCUUUGGAAGGCUACUUAUAUAAAUGUAGUUUGUACUUCAUGUGACAUUCUUAUGCCAUGAAAAAUCUUGUACAGGAUCAGCAAGAUCCUUAUUGUCACACAGAUUCCAUUCUCUCUGCAGUAAUAUAGGGAUUGGUCACAGUUUUAGUCAGACAUCUUGCGCCAAGAUGAACUCUGAGUAGGUCAAAGUGGUCAAAGAACAUUAAUGCUUCCCUUUAAUAGAUAUGCUGCUUGGACUUUAAGUGUCACUUGAAGUAUGGAUAAUUUUUAUAGCUAUGUACACUUUCAACUCCUAUUUUGAUAAAGAGAAAAAGCCAAUUUAAGUUUAAGUUUAGGGAGGAUCUCUUUUGGUGAUUGCAAUCCCUUGUUUUAUGAACUCUAGAAGCCAGAGGAAGUGAAGGUCAUCCAAUCAACUACACCUACAGCCGUGACUCCCCCUAAGGCACCAAAGGAGCAGGAUGAACCAGAAGAGCUAGACUUUAUGUUCGAUGAAGAAAUGGAGCAGAUGGACGGCCGAAAAAAUACCUUUACUGACUGGUCAGAUGAGGACUCUGACUAUGAAAUUGAUGACAGGGACGUGAACAAGAUCCUUAUUGUCACACAGACCCCACCCUCUCUUCGCAAGCAUCCGGGAGGAGACCGUACCGGUAAUCACACCUCUCGCGCCAAGAUGAGCUCCGAAUUUGCCAAAGUGAUCAACGAUGGCCUGUAUUAUUAUGAGCAGGAUCUGUGGACGGAGACGUUUGAGCCAGAAUAUUCUCAAAUCAAGGUAAGCGGGUAUACAAAUAGUCACUGUCUCAAGAACAUUUAACAUUUUAAAAUGACGCGGACAUGUGUGUCUUGCAUUUGUUUGUAAAAUACCAAUCUUCAUCAUGCUAAAAAGACUGACCCACUUUGUUCUUUUUAAAUUUAUAAAAGAGUGUCUUAAAAAUAUAAAUUUAAUCUGCAUAUGGUGUUGGGUUCCUAAUGUGUAAAUGUAGAGAAUAUGUAAUCUUGUGGACCUUGGGCUCAGUUUGAAUAGGUUUUAACUCUGGAUGCUCUGAAGCUCUCUACAAAAAAGUUGAGAACAUGCUAGACAAUGGUUUUGUGACUUAGCAAACAUUUACUUUACAUGGUCUGCAAAUUAUUUUAAAAGCACUAUUGUGUGAGAUAAGCAUUACAGAGCAGAGUUAAAUGGUGUAUGUUAGUAGUGCAUUUUUACACCAUGUUAGUUGACUUUUUUAAGGGGAAUACUGCUAAUUGCUGUAAUUUGUUUUAAACCUGCUCUGAGUUAUAUUCUUAUACUAGAACUAUUUGUCCUCUUUCAGUAUUUGGCAUUUCACCCGGGCUUGUUACAGAAAAUGCUACAUGGUUGUCAGUAGUUUGCUUUUAAUUUGAAUGUAUAGGCCACUGGCCUGUGCACGUUAUGAUGUCCGGUCAGCUGCUUUCACGUGUGCCAGCCCCUCCCAAGCUUUGUCUUUUAGCUUGGUUUGGGGCCUAGCAAAGUCCUUUGAUCAUAUAACAGUGAUUUCUGUGUGGCACAUUCUGGGCCCAUUUUGAGGGGCAUGUGCAGUGUGGCGUGUGGAUUUGUUCAGUGGUUGUGAGGAGUGUUCACACUUUUAUUCUCCAUACCCCCAUACGUUUUAGACUGAUAUAUUGGAUAUUUACCCUCUCCUUAUUCCUGUACCUGGACAUUUCUGCUUGCCUUGUUCACUUGUUUUUUGUGUCUUGCUGUCCCAGAGAAGUGAUUUUGUUUUCGUGGAUCUGAGGUGAAUGGUGUUACUCUAAUACGCACUGGUCUACUGUGAUCUGUUUGCUAUGUCUUUCUUGGAUGUACUCAUAAAUUAUUAAGGCAAAGCAAAGGUGUUUUCCUCAUUAGAAAUAUAUUUGAUCCUGCAAAGAAAUUGCUGUUCAGGUAAGAAUGAAAGUGGUGUAGUUUUUUUCCCCACAUCCUAAUGCUUGUUCCUGAUGGUUGAAAAAUAGAAAUUGGCUCCAUGUGAAAUAUGUAACAUCUGAAAUAUUUGCUGCUUAGCAGUAUACUAGCCUGUACUCAAAAGCUUAUGGCCAGCAGGGGGCUGUAUAGCUCUGCAAAAAUAUAUGCAUGUUAUGAAUAGUGUACCGUGAGUGUUCAAUUGAGCUAUGCAUGGUAAUGUGACAUUAUCUUCCGGGUAACACUAGUUUUUAUCUAUUCUUACCUUCCAGGAAAGUUAUAAGAUUCCUAACCUCCACCCUCCAUUUAGAAUAGUUUACUUUGGAAUGACCUUUGUCAGUGGGUUUUCAACCUCAAAGGAGGUUUGAAGUUUACCAAGGUUUGAAGUGACCAAACAGAUUUGCCAGAUUUAUUGCAAAUUACCAUUUCACUUCUUUGUGAAGAGUAGAAUGCUCUUAUGUAAGUUUUGAUAUAACUUUCUUUCUUGUUUUUUUUUUUUUUUAUUGAUUCAUAUUUGGGUGAAACAUUACCAUAUCUGGAAACUGUUUUCUAAUGUAGUAGUUUUAGCUGAGUUAUUAGCAUGUUCCAGUUAGAACCCACCAAGAUUUAAAAGUAAUUCUAUGCUCCCAGUAUGUGGCUUCUGAGUGUAAAAGUCCCAAAUGUAUAGAUAAAGCGCAGAAGAGAUAUUUCCAGUGGUUACUUGUGGGAAGCACCAUUUUCUUUCCUGUCCAUCCCUUUUAAAGCUGUGCCUCAUCAUCACUGGAUACAUUAUUAUUAAGAGAUUACCCAACCAUAUUAACGUUGAUUUCCAGCAUCUGACUAAUUUAUACUCAAGAUUGUAGCUGCAUAUGCUGUUUCUGUGCGCAAGGUAACAUUUAUGCAUGUCUUUGUAAAAUACAUUUUGUAUUACAUGUUUGCUUCUUUUUUACAAUGCAUUUUCCAGCUUAGCCACGGAUUUAAGGAGCUUUAGGUACAUUAUUAUAAAGAUACUUGCCUAAAGCACCUCUCAAAAUUCAACUAGCCAUUGGCAAGUGUCAAUUUCGUCAUGAGACGUGUACCAUGGAUCUCCCCAAUUAUAUUCCAUAUUGUUUGAAAGUGCAGGAGUACUUUUACAGUAUCUACACAGUUAAUAUCUGCUGUCAUCAAACAGGAGAUUAAAUCGGGAUCAGCGGCUGCAUGCUUUCAAAAGAGACCAGCAGCUCCGGGUCCUUAAGCCCCGCCUCUCCCAUGUCCUUUAUCCAACUCACCAGGUAGCCACAGUGACAUUGCGUAGUGUGAAUUGUGUUUUGUGUGCACACACAGGGGUUGCUUGACUCCCAAGCACUUUGAGGAUUAAACAAUAAUGUGGCAUUGAAAGUUAAACUUAAUAUUCUUUAGUAUUUAAUUUUAUUUAUAUAUAUAUAUAUAUAUAUAUAUAUAUAUAUAUAUAUAUCCUGAUUUUAUAUAUUUUUUUUUUUUUUUACAUUUGUAACCAGCAGUUUAAAUCUCUGCGGGAAGUAUAGAAAUAUGCCAAUCAACCUCCAGCCCCUCACCCAAAUCUGUCUGUGAAUAACCAUAAGAUUUAGAGGGUAGAGAGAUCACAAUUUCCCCUCUCUCUCUCAAAACAUGUAGAUUCUCCCCUCAAUGAAUAGGCAUUGGCCUAAGCUGAAGUAAGUAGCUGUAAUUGUCACAGAAUGUCAGCUGACUAUGUUCAGGCAAUCACAGUACCCAUUUCUGGUACAGCCGUACGACCAGUAGGGGCCAGGGGGUGGGUGGUCAGUAACCCAUAUUUAGUGUCAAACUACUGACCACUCUUGGCACUGUAACCAGUUCAAUGAGCUGAAAUUGUUAUACUGCCUAAAGUGUCCAUUUAAUAUUACAUUGGGGCCCUAACUUCACUGUGAUCAUCCUUUAAAUGAUUUACUACAUGCUUACUAUUUUAUCUUUGUAUUGUGAUAGCCAUCCUAACAAAUGUAUGGCUUAAAAAGUUAUAUUCAUUUAUUUUAUUUUUUUGACUUUUUACAAGAUUGUGGUACAGUUGUAAAGAUUAUCAAGCCAAUGCACAAUGCCCCUUGCAACUCCUAGAGUGCACCCAUAUACCAAGAACAAACAAGUUAUGCUUCAGCCUUUUCCAUUUCUAGUGUUUUCAUUGGAAGGGAAAACCUUCUGUGUCAAGACAUACUUGGAAAGAUCAAGACACUUGUAGCGAAGCCUAAGUCACAUGCUUUGUACAACCUCAGUAUAAUGUGUUUUUGUUUGUUUUUUAGCUUGAGGUAGAGAACUUUAAAAAAGUGAAUAUGAUCAGCCGUGAGCAGUUUGUCACUUUAACCCCAGAACCCCCUGUGGACCCCAACCAAGAGGUUCCACCAGGACCCCCAAGACUGCACCAGGGUAAGUGUGAAAGAAUGUAUUUAUUUUUUAAAGUGAUGUUUAGUUACUCAUUACUACCUGUGGUUUGACUAAAUCCCUACAGUUUUGCCCUGUUUUCAUAUUUCUGCAUUUGUUUUUGUUUUGUGUGUUUUAUAUUAGAGAUAUCUGAAUUAGUUAUACAGUUAAAUGGAUACUAUAGUCACCUGAACAACUUCAGCUUAAUGAGGUUGUUCAGGUGAGAACUAUAGCUCCCUGCAGCCUCUCUCAUGUAAACACUGUAUUUUCUGAAAAAAUACAGUGUUUACAUUGAAAGCUAGGAACACCUCCAGUUGCAGUCACUCUGAGUGAACCAGAGGGACUUCGGAGUUGAUGGAGGCAUAAAAUGCCUCCAUCCACUCAGAUCCGCUGUCAGCAGAGCACAGGGCAGCACUGUGCACAGCAUCCUGUGAUUCAAUAUCUCCUCCCUCUGCAUGCAGACACUGAACUUUCCUCAUAGAGAUUCAUUGAUUCAAUUCAUCUCUAUGAGGAGAUGCCGAUUGGCCAAGGCUGUGUUUGAAUCAUCCUGAUCUGCCUCUUUGUCACUCAGCCAAUCCUAUGGGGAAGCACUGUGAUUGGAUCAGGCUACCACAUGUCAGCAGACUGCUUGUUUUUCUGAGUCUAACAGCAUGCAGAUUUAAAGCUUCAGGCUUGAAUACAGUAAGAUUUUGCUAUAUUUAUGGAGUCAUGAGGGGCCCAGGGAGGCUAAAUAGUGGUUUUAACACUAUAGGGUCAGGAAUACAGGUUUGUGUUCCUGACGCUAUAGUGAUCCUUUAAUGUGUAGUUAGUUGUGCCUUGUUUAAAAGAACCACUUAAGCCACCCCGACCACUUCAUCUCAAUGAAAUUGCCUGGGUGCAUGGAGUAAAUACAGCAAUGUUUUGAAUGCAAGGGGUAAACGCACCUCUAGUGGCUUUCUUCCUGACAGCCAUUAGAUGCGCUUCCACAUUCAUAUGCAUAGUUUGACUUGGUUAUACUGUUUUGAGAAGAUGCGUGCAUGGAGCUUCUUGUCCCAAUGCUUCUUUUCGACAGUGACUGGAUUGGCUUAGAGGAGGAACUGCAGCAGCACCGAGUGAGUCUUCACAAUGGAAAAAUAAGAAUGAAUGGCUUGUCUUGUUUACAUAUAGUACAAUGCUGCGAAAUGUUAGCGGUAAAUACCUCAUUGUAAUUGUCUGUUUCAUUAACAGUUCCCACAGAUGCUUUAGCUAACAAGCUAUUUGGUGCUCCUGAACCUUCCACUAUUGCCCGUUCCCUCCCAACCACUGUUCCAGAAUCUCCAAAUUACCGCAGUGCUCGGACACCACGCACCCCCCGCACACCCAGAUUGAAAGAUCCAACUGUAACCCCUCGCUUUUACCCAGUGGUGAAGGAGGGACGAACAAUCGAUGCCAAGGUAUCUUCCGCCUCUGUCUGUUCUAUUUGUGAAAGUCACACUAGUAAAACAUGUGUAUCUAUGGAAUUUUUGAAGCAAGUAAUGCUUGACUGCACUGCUGGAAGAGUGGGAGUUCUGAGUAAUGUGAAACAGAAGCACUGUUUGACUGAUUAUUGCACUGUUACACUAGCACCAAGUCAGUGCACCACGUAAGUGAUCUGCCUUAUACUUACAAUUAAAGAAAGUAUGUGUCAAGUCCCAAUGAUAUCUUUAUUCAGGAUUUUACCCACCUGUCUGGGAUUCGCCUGGAAGCCUUCUAGGUAGGCUUUGGAGACAGGAAUUUUGAGGUUUCUCUCAAAGAAACCAUUAACUCAUAACUGAGAAAACAAAAUGUAUACAUUUGGAUUGACCUAUGUAUAGUUAGGUUUCUAAUUUUUAUCUCCCCUAAUCAUGCUACUCUGACUGAAAAUGGGUUACUAUAUCAUUCUUAGUGCCUUAUGUGGGGUUAUUGGCUUUAAAGCCACAGUGCCAUUAUUGUAAGCCUUUGAUUUAGUCAUGGGAAAACAGAGGAUUAUAGGUGUUGCUGAUAUUUAAACAAAUCAUUGUGCCACUUUUAAAAAUGGAUAGAAUGCAAAAUUCUUAAAUUGAUUUUGUUGAAGUGUCACCUCUGUGGUCUACUUAUAUAGUAUGCUGUAGCAUGAUGAUGUACUUUUGCAUGCUGUAUAUUUUGACGGCAUUUUUCUAGAGCAUGCUACGGCGCACCUGGCACAAUGAUUCGUGUGUGGCGGGUUUCUUUAAAUUCAUCCUUUGAAGUCUUCCUGACGUGGGUGCUGAGUUAGCAUUUUCAUGAGAACAGCCUCUUCCUGCAGCAUGGCUUUUUUUGACUGACCAUAUCUAUUACCUUAGUUGCUGCAGAAUAAAUUGACAAUGGAUCAGUCUAAGGAAACUGUAGAUUUACUUCACUAUACAAUGUCUAGUUUGUCAAGUUACAUUUAUGCCUCAGAGACCUUUGCAAUCUAAAGUUUUUUUUGUUUAUUUUUCUUUUGUAUUCCAGACGCCGAGAAAAAGAAAAACCCGUCACAGCUCAAAUCCUCCCAUGGAAUGCCAUGUGGGGUGGGUGAUGGACUCCAGGGAACACAGACCUCGUACUGCCUCAGUGAGGUAUGGCAACCCUAAAUAAUGAACAGAAUGCUGGUUUGUGUGGGUUUCACUUUGAACAAGUCAAUUCUUUUUUUUAUUUAAAUUUUCUUUGUUGAUCAGUUCACAUUUUAACUUCCACUUAAAUCCCAAGAGCCGUAUAACCUAGCAUGGUGGUUGUACUCAGUAACUUAUCAAAUGCUAAAGUGUGGUUUAAUAAUUUUUUUUUUAUUUUUUUUUGGACUAACAAUGUUUAUCCUAUCAUGCAGCUCCAAUGCCAGCCCGUCAGAAGGAGCUCCUGCCUUGAGCAAUUUUGGAUGUACCCCUCAAUCUCUGCCAAAGUUCCAGCAUCCUUCUCAUGAACUACUGAAGGAGAAUGGAUUUACUCAACAUGUUUACCACAAGUACCGCCGACGUUGCCUUAAUGGUAAGACACAACGUUUUCACGUUAUUUUAUCCUUCUUCUUUAUUUCCCUGUGCACCUAAAAGCACAAAUUGCCAGUUGCAUAGAAUAUGUUCCACUGGGUCACGUGAGCACCAGUUCUGUAAAAUGCUUUACUAUAAGUGAAAAUUUAACCUGGUGAGUAAAAGUACAUCCUACAGGAGUUUAAGCAUGCGUGGGAUAUUCAUAAGGCUAUCCUAACUAUAAGAUAAGGCUAGGGAGUAAUGAAAAAAAAAAAAUUGGGCAGACUAGAUGGGCCAAAUGGUUCUUAUCUGCCGUCACAUUCUAUGUUUCUAUCCUUGGCGUCUGUGACAUAGACCCUCCAGGCUUGCAGUGAUAAACUUUUAAUAGCCUUGCUUGUGGCAUAGGACUUACAUUUUAUAAAUGAAUAUAAAAUGUAAUAUAUUAAAGGGACACUAUAGUCACCUGAACAACUUCAGCUUAAUGAGGUUGUUCAGGUGAGGACUAUAGCUCCCUGCAGCCUUUCUCAUGUAAACACUGUAUUUUCUGAGAAAAUAUAGUGUUUACAUUGAAAGCUAGGAACACCUCCAUUUGCAGUCACUCAGAGUGAACUAGAGGGACUUCGGAGUUGAUGGAGGCAUAAUAUGCCUCCAUUCACUCAGAUCUGCUGUCAUCAGAGCACAGGGCAGCACUGUGCACAGCAUCCUGUGAUUCAGUAUCUCCUCCCACUGCAUUCAGACACUGAACUUUCCUCAUAGAGAUUCAUUGAUUCAAUUCAUCUCUAUGAGUAGAUGCUGAUUGGCCAAGGCUGUGUGUGAAUCCUGCUGGCUCUGCCCCUGAUCUGCCUCUUUGUCACUCAGACAAUCCUAUGGGGAAGCACUGUGAUUUGAUCAGGCUACCACAUGUCAGCAGACUGCUUGUUUUUCUGAGUCUAACAGCAUGCAGAUUUACAGCUUCAGGCUUGAAUUCAGUAAGAUUUUUACUAUAUUUAUGGAGGCAUGAGGGUCCCAGGGGGGCUAGAUGGUGGUUUUAACCCUAUAGGGUCAGAAAUACAUGUUUGUGUUCCUGACCCUAUAGUGAUCCUUUAAUGUAAUCUCUCACUUGUAUAUUGUUCCUUGACUUGAAAAUACUGUGUAUUGUGGUCUGUUUAUGUAGCCUUUUUUGAGAUGGGACAAAUAGGCAGUUUUGCCAAAUCAUCUUUUGUAGAAUGUUGUAAUCUAUUAGGUACUUUAAAUGUUUGCCUUGUGUGUUAGGAAUUAAACAACUCUGUUCCUUCUUGUGCUAUUGCCACCAGGUAAAUUGCUUUACAUUAGUAUUUUCAGAAUGGCUUUCAUUGUACUCCUGCUAAGUAGUUUCUGUCAUGGUGUCUGCAUGGAUAUUAUUUUUUUGCUCUAUAUUAACAGAGAGGAAACGGCUAGGCAUCGGCCAGUCACAGGAAAUGAACACUCUCUUCCGCUUUUGGUCAUUCUUCCUAAGAGAUCAUUUCAAUAAGAAAAUGUAUGAGGAGUUCAAGCAACUGGCCGUGGAAGAUGGCAAGGAGGGCUACAGGUUAGUAGUGCAUAAUGUGGAAAAUGGAUAGACUGCUGACAUAGUUUUGAUAGUGGAGCGUUGACCAAAAGUUGCUGUAGUUUUGGAUUUUGGGACUGGUAUUUAUUUCAAAUGUCUAAAUAGAUGUUUUUUGAAAGCUCAGCUAACAUAUGGUUGGUACUUUGCCCUCGUUGAAGUCAGAUUUAACCUCAGUGUUGUGCUGCACAUAUUUAAUACGAAGUGCUAACUAGCACAGGCAUGAAUUGCAAACUGAACAUCUAUAAGCACCCAUAAUGUUUUAACCUCUUGUUAAAAAAAAAAAAAAAAAACUUUUAAGCUGCUAUGCACCCCAAAUUACUCAGACACAUUAAAGGUUUGUGUAAGAUAACAUGGGUGGAUUGUUUACAGGACACUGGUGUGAAAAGUAUCUUUGUACACUCACUAUCUACCACAUUGCAUAAAUAAAGAAAUGAUUGUCUUUUUCUGUAGGUACGGGUUGGAGUGCCUUUUCAGAUAUUACAGCUACGGUCUAGAGAGGAAGUUCCGGGUGGACAUUUUCAGGGAUUUCCAGGAAGAGACAAGGAGGGACUAUGAAUCCGGUGAGUCUCCUGUUUAAAGGGAGUUGCAACUAUCCCAGAGUUCCCAACUUGACAUGCAAAUGGGCAGACAGGCAUCAUGUUUCAGACUUCAUUCUACAGAAAAAUAGGCACUCUAAUGUUCUGUACCACCUUUAUGACUGGCUUUUUUUAUUAAAUGAACAUCUGUAGAGGGGGAAACCAUCAUUGGUCCAGGGCACAAUGAACAAAAUUGCCACAAUAAACAUAGUUCAAAAGGGAGAAUAAAAAAAAAAAAAAAAAGUAAAAAAAAAUUCUUAUUUUUGCCAUAUGAAAAGAAUAAGAAUUUUUUUUACUUUUUUAUUUUUUUUUAUUCUCCCUUUUGAACUAUGUUUAUUGUGGCAAUUUUGUUCAUUGUGCCCUGGACCAAUGAUGGUUUCCUUAUCCAGUAGCUUAUUUUUUUUUAAAUCAUGCUUCCAAUGAAGUGGGUUGUCUCAUUCUUUAGUAGUUUGUUUUGUUUUUGUGUUUUCUCCUCCUUGCUGUGAACGGAUGUUGUAAACAAGCUCUUCUUCUUUUUUUUUUUCUUUUUUUCUUUUCUUACGUAUUAUUUAAAUAUUAAAGGUCAACUGUAUGGACUGGAGAAAUUUUGGGCCUUCCUAAAAUAUUCCAAAGCCAAAACCCUGGAUAUUGAUCCUAAAUUGCAGGAAUAUCUGAGCAAGUUCCGAAGGCUGGAGGAUUUCAGGGUGGAUGUAAGUAUGAAAUGUCAGUUAUUUGAAAAGACAAUUUGUGAUUUUAAGCUAAAGACAAAACAGCAGAUGUGCUUUAUUGCUCUCUAUGAUAGUUGUACAAGUUUUGAACUUUGUUCCAGAAAGCUACCUCCCAAUGUGUCAGUGUGCUUUAGUAGGCAGGAGGGGAAAAAAAAAUUACCUGCGCACUGUCCUAAAUCGCUAUGCACAUUUAUUUAACAGGAGGUUUUAGUAUCACUGUAAUAUUUGCAAACUCCGUUGCCUCAUCAAGGCAAGCCUUUUGUGUGAGUCCUACACUAACAAUUCACCUUGCUGCUUUCAGCUAAAAGGGAAAAUCUCGAGACAGGGCUAUUUAUAUAAAAAUAAAGUACAUAGCCACAAUAUGAUACAGAUGGUUAGAGCCACUAUGCACCCAAGACCAUUAACAAUUUGAUCGCAGGACUAAUUUGUGUCCUUAGUAGGCAGACAAAAUUAGUACUCCCAAGUUCUGUCCUUCCCCAUAGAAACAGAAUUGUAUGAGCCUAACAUUUUUUUUUUUUUUUUGUUUAACCUUUACCUUCUACAUAGGCUUAUAUGGUGUAUCUUAAAAAGUGCAAGCCAUGCCGAAUGUGUAACUCAGAAUGUCUCUCCCCCUCGUAAUCCAUUCUUUGUUGCAUUUAAGAUUUUCAAAUCAACAUUAUACUGCCAUUAUAUUGAUUUUAUUUGCCCCACCCCCAAAAUUAAAAAUAAACAAUCUUAAAACCUUUAUUUUAGAAAACUGAGUUUGUGAAAACAAAUUACAUCUCUGCUUUAUUUUGUGUUCUUAGAGAUGCUGUCCUAUUUGGACACAUUUCGAGUUUGACUUUAAAAAUAACAUUGAUUCCUUGAUGUUUGACAAUCUUUCAAGAGUUUUUUUUAUUUUUUAUUUUUGAGUAUUUGUCAGCUCACCCCCUCUAAUAUAUCAAUUUAGUUACAUUGUUAACUGCUGGAACUCAAACAUUUCAUUGUUAUAAACUGACUGUUCAGUGCUCUAGAAUAGCAUAAAGUGACUAAUCACAGCCUCAACAAACCUUUAUUAUACAGGUAGUACUCAUUUUGCGACCUACUGGUUUUACGACGGCUCGCACUUACAACCAGCUCUCUCGCGGGCUGGUAAGUGCGAGUCGUCGUGGGGAUUAGAGGCAUUCCCUGCUCUGCUGUGUUCGGGGAAAUUUCCCCGACCAUAGACGAGCGCACCAGAGCAAGGAAUCCCCUCUAUUCUAUGUUUAGGGAGAUCUCUGUACCUGUUAGAGAUAAAGAUUUACAUUAUCCACAGUAAUUAUUGAUCUAAAGGAGGGCGACAUGCCACAGAUACCAGUACUAAUCAAUAGCUAUGGCAGAUUAAAUUGGCGGGAUGGCUUGCAACCACAGAUGUGACUCCUAGCCAGACAGUAUUCACCAUGUGUCUCAAUGCUGGGCAUCAACAGAUGAUCAUAGAUCCCAAUGCAUGGAGGACUCCCCACCCCAGCUGUUAUGCAUAUUAAAGCCUGACAAUGAUGGGAGUUGUAUUUUGAACUAAGCACCCCCCGGAUACAGUCCAUAUCAGCGUGGCCCCAGCUGACUGCCCCUAGACCAGGCCCUGCUCCUACCUCCCUGGAUCGAGAUCUCUGUAUCUGUGCUGGCUGCUGUCCCAUGCUCUUGGCGACUUUGGGCAGGACCUGGGCUUGCUCGUUUCCUUGCAGCACUCCCAGCACGGUCCUCCCUGCGGACUGGGCGACACUGUGCUUCUUGGGCUGCACAUUCUCCUGGUUCUCCUGCCUCAGCAAAUGCUCAGACAUAUCGUGAUCUCCACAGAAUGGAAAUUUUCAUGAACAUAGACAAACGCAACAGAGCAGGGAAUCCCUUAACUCCUCGCUUACUGACCAAUUUGUUCUAUGACCGGGUCGUAAGAACGCAACCCAGUCAGUAAGUGAGGAAUGCCUGUAAUGUAUUUUUUUUUUGUCAUUUUCACUGACUUUUGUGUGUCUAAAAUGUAUUGUAAAAACCAAUGUGAUCCAGGUACUCAAUGUACAAGGUAGCAGAUUUAUUUGGAAAGUCAGAACAUAAACGGCAACGUUUUGACCUCCAACAAGGUUGUUUAAAGCUUUGUAAAGACCUUGUUGGAUGUCGAAACAUUUGUUUAUGUUCUGACUCGCAAAAUAAAUAUGCUACGCUGCCAGCUUCAGGUCCAGCAGGGCACCUGGUUUCAUUUAUUAGACGAGUAUUGAUUCCUCCUUUCCUGGUUACAACUUAAUGUAUUGUGACACUGUAGAUGGAAGUUUACAAGAUUAAUCUGUCUAGUGGUUUCUCUUGUUUGAUAAUUUAAUUAUAUACCAAAGCAUUUUUUUAUUUAUUUAUUUGUAUUUCUGUAUCUUAAAGCAUAUGUGUAUCAAAUCUCUGUGGUACUGGACUUGAAAUUUGUAUUUAUAACGCAUUUCCUCCCUUCCAGCCACCAAUGGGAGAUGAUGGAGGUUCACGCCGCCGCCAUUCAACAGGAGAAGGUCGACGAAGAUAUCCAUCACAGUCUUCCAGUAGAGGAUCCGGUCACCAGUCCCAGAGUUCAUCCCAUAAUCCAACACGGGAAGAUGCCAGAGCCCAAAACCAUCCCACUGCUGCCACAUUGGAUUCCCAAACUUCAGGAGGGAGAAAAUAAGCAAAGCAGAAUUGGGAAAAAGUCAAGAGGGACCUGAGGGAGGGAACUUCAGGGACGUUUCUUGGACAUAAGGGUGGAGGUGUGUGUAGAGUGUUUACAGCCGAGUGGAUCCUGUCCUCUCCCCCUUAAGUUCCACCAGGAAAUAUUUCAGCAAACAUCAGAGACUGCAUGUUCUGGAGAGGAAUGACUGUUCCCAUAUCCUUUCUGUGAAGGGUGGCGGCUGCUAACCCCAGAAAGGAAGAUAAUCUUAGUUUGAUUAGGGUUAUUGAAAUUUUAGUUUCAUUUUAGCAGAAACCAGGAGGAAAUGGCCUAUUGGGAGGAAGUGAUUUUUUUUUUUUUGUAUUUUUAAAUUAUUCUCUGCCCUUCCUCCUCCUUUUAUGGAUAAAUAAGGAGUGUGGAACUUAACUCUGCUCCUAAGAUUGCUGAACGCAGACAGCAGAGCUUUGCUGUUACAAAUUUGGAAGGCAAAAAGGGGCCAUUUAAUCUUUCUUUGGAAAAUAUUCAAACCUAUCUGUUUUGAAGCCAUUGCUUUUCUGACUGAGUUGGCACAACGCCACCUCUUGGGAAGUGGCCUUCAGAUGAUUCCUUUUGCAGGAUACACAUGGCAAAUUAGCAGUUGUCCAGUGGGUGUCUCUUUUCCCUCUGGUUUCCCUUCAAAGUCUUUUAGACCCCUGGCCCCACAGCUUACUGCUUCAAAAGAGCCCUGCGUUAAUUUUAUUUCUUUUCAAAGAUAUAUAUAUUUUUAUUUGGGGUUUUGUUUUUUGUUGUUACUUCAGACUGUGAAAGAGAAAACUACAAAAACAAACAAAAAAACUAAAUAGCAAUGGACUACAUAAAAAAAACAAAAAAAAAACUUUUAAAAAGAGACUGCCUUUAUGUUCUUAUUCCCUUAUUGAAAAUUAUAUUAAGCGAUGAGGAAAAAACAAAGAUUACAAAGAGUUGCCUUAUUGUAACCUUGAAACUUGCAGAGAGCUGCCAUUUUGGAUGAAAGCGGCAACCAAUCAAAAGCAAGAACUGCAGACUAAUGAAACAAAGUGGCUCUGAACACUGCUCAUUUAAUUGUAGGUGCCGUUUACUCUGGGAGAAGACUAUCUAAGCUUUGCUAACCCAUGGAAUAAUUACUCAGUCUUGACAAAAUUGUUUGCCACUGAAUACAAGACAAAUUUUUUUUUUUUUUGUGGGAAGGGGCGAUGAUUGAAUUAAAAGGAUCAGGUAUAUAUCAAUCCAAUGGUUGGUUGCAUUGCAUCUGCUGUGUCACUUUAAGGCAUCUUCUGGGCUUGAUUCCACCAAAGGUUAGAAGAAGAAAGAAAGAAAAAAAGGGCCCUGUGGUUAUUGUGGACUUGUGGGACUGAUUAAAUCUCCGUUAUUAAAGGAGAAGCUCCCUGGAUCAUAGAGUAACACCUUCACUGUCUGUUUCAACAUAUCACUGCCACACAGUGUGGUCUGUUGAGCUUUUGAAUGCACGCUCUUAUGAUCAAAAUCCCUGUGGGUCUCCAGUAAAAUGGUAACUUUAAAGGGGUUUUAAUCUCCUAUCUCCUGUUUGAGUGGCUGCAGUUUGCAAAGGUGCAUCAUUGUAUAUUUCUGUAUAACGCUCUAUUAAGGUAUACUGCCAAUGCCUACAUUGUGAAUUGCCAUUACAUCACAUAGGGUGGAAGGGCAACAGGUGGCUAGGGAAUCACCCUAGUGACAGGGUCAUUUUGCAAGAAUAUCCAGGACAGGGGAGAGCCUUACGGUUUUCAAGCUGCAGUACUCAUUACAGCAGCGUAGGUGCUUUGACAAAAAUGUUGGCCUCAAAAUUGCAGGGUUUGUGCAUUGCAUCCAUCCUUUUGUAUCGGAGUUUAACUCUUUAAGCAGAGGUGCUGGUUUGAUGCAUUUGGAUCCAUGUAAUAGCUGCUCAAUUCGAAUAUCUUUUAUACGACUGGUUUCAUUACUCAGCUUUGUCAUGGAGUCCAAUACAUUUAAUUAUUUAGGGCUGGAUCCUUAAGUGAAACAUUUCUUAACUGGUUACAAAAAGAGAUUGUUUGCUCUUUUCAACUUCAUGUGUUCUAAAUAUCCCCCAUUGCUGGUGGGUCAACACCAGCAUGCAAGCUGUCCCUUUUUUUUUUUGCAUAGUAAUGUGGGCUUUUCAUAAAUGGUAGUGGGUGAGUCUUGAGGCUCCGGUAUGAAUAUAAAUUUUAAAUUUCCCCCAACAUACUGAUAUGCUUAUAAAUUUACCCUUUAGUUUGCCCUUUUCCUUGCUGUGAAAAGGGUAACUUUUAAUUAUUUUUAUGCUACAGCAUAAAUACAUAUAUAAUAUAUAUCUUGCAUACAUAUGAAUGAUAUAUGUAUAUCAUGGUAUAGUAGCUCACAAUUUUUAUUUCUUCUUAAAGAUGGGUAACGUGGCCUAGAGUUUAAUUUCAUCCUCCCUCAUGUAGAGGAAGAGAGCCAAUAAAUUUUUGCUCCUUACGAUCAGAGUGAGUUGAAUUGAACAGCUCUCACUGUCUUGCUUAUUUGGAUUUUGAAAUAUUAUAUACUUGUGCCCCUCCCCAUGUAAAAUUUUUCUCUCCCAAUUAAAAAAUAAAUAAAUGCUCAUAUCAUAUUUUAAUGUCUUUUAGAUGACCGGUUGCAUAGUCAGGUCUUCUGAAACUAAUCCUUAACAAUAACUCAUGUUCGGGGAUUUAUCAAUAUCACCAGUGGAAGUGAAUUUUGUAAUUCCUAAAUUUUGGAUUACUUGUGGUUCUUGAGGAUUGGUUUGAGAACAACUUCAGAUUUUUUUUUUAACUGAAGGGAUAUGUUUUGUUUUUAUUAUGGUAUUUUCUAGGUUUCAGCUUGGAGUCACCACAUAAAAACAUACUUACCCCCAAAGCCUUGUUUUAGGGUUUAAUGAUCCCUCCUGCCCCAUGCCUCCUCCACCUACUGUUAAACACUUGCAAACUCUCAAAUAUCAUACACAUGCAAAGGCCAGUGAUUUGACCUUUGUUUGUGCAAGCUGCUGCCCCUGAAAAUGGAAUGCUACAGAUAUUCAUAAUCUUGCCCGUUAUGCGAAAAUCAUAAGAGGACAUAAGAAAAAAAAUAUUUAAAAAAAAAAUAAAAAAUGUAAAAUACUUGAAUGAGCGCUUGUAUUAUAACAUUAAUAUUAUUCAGAGUAUCCAUUCUUACUGCGUUUUGAUUUGCUUCUAGCCGUGCUUUAGUCAAUUCUUGGUAAUUUGUGGUAAUUAUACUUUUUUCUUUUUAAUACAAAAAAAUGUAUAAAAAUAAAAACUUUAAAAGACCAA